AUCCUCAUCUGCCAUAUGUGCUGAUUGAGGAUGGAGACAUGACACUGGAGGAGUACGAUGAACACCUCACAGGGAAGAGUGACUACAUCAAGGCCAUCAAGAAGGACUCCAGUAAUGAAAAGAAAGUGAGUGCUAAAUCUGAUCUGAUGUGAUCAGCGUCUUACCAAGUAGCCUUAUUGAGUGACAGCUGUCUGAGAAGACUCACAUAGAUUAAAGAGGCUUCGUAAAAUGGCAAGAUGCUGCUUAUAAUUAGAGCAGAAAAGCAUAUAGAAUCAUGAAUAUUCAAUAACAACAGAUAAUGAGAUCUCCCUUACAAGAAAAUAUACCAGUUUUGAAACUGCAGUAAAAGUGCAGUAACUGCAGUCGACUGUGGUAUUUUGGAUGCAGUAAUUGCAGAAUAACCGCAGUUGAACUGCAGUUAUACUGCACUGUAACUGCAGUUACACUGCAAAAUUACUGCAGUAAGAAAACAGUGUUAUUUUGGACGCAGUAUUUGUAGCAUACUGCAGUUAUACUACAGUGUACUGCAGUUAUACUGCACACUGACUACAGUUAUACUACAGUGUACUGCAGUUAUACUGCACACUGACUACAGUUAUACUACAGUGAACUGCAGUUAUACUGCACUCUGACUACAGUUAUACAACAGUGUACUGCAGUUAUACUGCACUUGUUGUGGAAAUUAAUCACUAUACUUUAUCAAAAUGUCACGCCCUGACUCAGGGGACGUUUAUUUGUUGAGUCAGGGUGUGUAUAUUCCGUGUUGUGUUUGUUCAUUGUUGUAGAAUCUAGUAUGUCUAGAUCUAUGUUGGCCGGUGUGGUUCUCAAUCAGAGGCAGCUGUCGCUCGUUGUCUCUGAUUGGGGACCAUACUUAGGCAGCCUAUUGGCACUAGUGGGUUGUGGGAUCUUGUUCCGUGUAAGGUAUGUUGUUUGUGUGCUACCUUGGACUUCACAUUUUGUUGUGUGUUUAUUCAAUAUAAAUAAACAUGUAUGCAUAUCACGCUGCGCCUUGGUCCGUCCCGUCUAUAAACAAACGUGACAGAAGAUCCCACCAAACGAGGACCAAGCAGCGUGUCCAGGAGCAGACAGCCUGGACCUGGGAGGAGAUACUGGACGGUAAGGGAUCUUGGACUUGGGAGGAGAUUCAGGCCGGGAUGGAUCGCCGUCCUUGGGAGGAGACAGUGGCAACGCAGAAGGUGCCGGCCGAGGAAGAAGCCCGAGAGACAGCCCCAAUAAUUUUUUGGGGGGGGGCUAAAAGGGUGGUUGGCGGAGCCUAGUGUUAGAGCAGAGCCAACUCCCCGUACUCACGCGAGGAAGCGUGUGACUGGGCAGGCUACGUGUUACUAGCGGCGCUACGUAUGUGUCGCCAGUUUUUCGCACCUGUCGUGUACGUCCUGGUGCUAGCACCACCGCAGGGUCGAUGCGAAGUUGCGGCAUUCAGAAGGACGGGUUGUGACGGACCUCAACGAUCUGGUCUCCAGUACGCAUCUCGGUCCCGCAUAUCCUGCGCCUGUUCUACGAGCUGUCUGUUUAUUUCGCCAGGCGCGUGCACAGCCCAGUGCGGUCCUGUGCAUCGCCCGCAUGUGUAGUGCGAACGUGGGCAGCCAGCCAGGAAGGUUGUGCCAGCUCUCCGCUCCAGACCUCCAGUCCGCACUUCCAGUCGGUUCCGGCCCGUCCUGCUCAUCGCACCAAACAGGUGGUGCGUGUUCCCAGCCUGGCAGCCUGUUCCUGCCCCCCGCCCCAAAGCCAGUUUUUUGGGGGUCGCCAAGCCCGGCCCGGCCUUUCCGCCCUCGCAACCAAGCCAGUGGUGUGCGUCGCCAGGCCGGCCCGGCCUGUUCCAUGCCCCCCUCGUCGCCAGCCCGGUCCGGCCUGUUCCUGUCCCCUCGCACCAAGCCAGUGGUGCGCGUCGCCAGCCCGGCCCGGCCUGUUCCUGCCCCUCGCACCAAGCCAGUGGUGCGCGUCGCCAGCCCGGCCCGGCCUGUUUCCUGCCCCUCGCACCAAAGCCAGUGGUGCGCGUCGCCAGCCCCGGUCCGGCCUGUUUCCUGUCCCCUCGCACCAAGACCAGUGGUGCGGUCGCCAGCCCGGCCGGCCUGUUCCUGCCCCUCGCACCAAGCCAGUGGUGCGCGUCGCAGCCCGGCCCGGCCUGUUUCCUGCCACCUCGCACCAAGCCAGUGGUGCGCGUCGCCAGCCCGGCCCGGCCUGUUCCUGCCCCUCGCACCAAGCCAGUGGUGCGCGUCGCCAGCCCGGCCCGGCCUGUUCCUGCCCCUCGCACCAAGCCAGUGGUGCGCGUCGCAGCCCGGGCCCGGCCUGUUCCUGCCCCUCGCACCAAGCCAGUGGUGCGCGUCGCCAGCCCGGCCCGGCCUGUUCCUGCCCCUCGCACCAAGCCAGUGGUGCGCGUCGCCAGGCCGGCCCAGCCCCGGGCCUGUUCCUGCUCCCCCCGCACCAGGCCAGUGGUGCGCGUCGCCAGUCCGGUACGACCCGUUCCUGCUCCCCGCACCAAGCCAGUGGUGCGCGUCGUCAGCCCGGUCCGGCCCAUUCCUGCUCCCCGCACCAAGCCAGUGGUGCGCGUCGUCAGCCCGGUCCGGCCCGUCCCUGCUCCCCGCACCAAGCCAGUGGUGCGUGUGUCCAGUCCGGCACGGCCCGUGCCUGUUCCACCGGUGCCUGGUCCGGCACCGGUCAGCUGCUCCACUCCGGAGCCAGAGCAAUCCGCUCCACCGGGGUCCAGUCCAGCUCCGGUCAGCGGAUCCACUCCGGAGCCAGAGCAGUCCACUCCACCGGUGCCCAGUUCAGCUCCGGUCAGCUGCUCCACUCCGGAGCCAGAGCAAUCCGCUCCACCGGGGUCCAGUCCAGCUCCGGUCAGCGGCUCCACUCCGGAGCCAGAGCAGUCCGCUCCACCGGUGCCUGAUCCAGCUCCGGUCAGCGGCUCCACUCCGGAGCCAGAGCAGUUUGCUCCACCGUCGUCGGGUCCAGCUCCAGUCAGCGGUUCCAGUCCAGACCCAGACGUCAGCCUCUCUCCAGGUUCGGGGUCUCCCACACCAGGGUCCAGACAGGGCUUGGUACUUCAUGGGAGGAAGGAGAGGGGAAGCAGCGCGCUGAGGUCCAGACCUGACCAGGGGCGCAACAGGGAGGCGGAGAAUAGGUGGUGGUCACGCCCGGAGCCGGAUCCGCCUCCGAGGCGGAAUGCCCACCCGGCCCCUACCCUGUUAUGUUUAUGUGGCGCGGUCGGAUUCCGCACCUUUGGGGGGGGGGGGGGGGGGGGGGUACAGUCACACCCUGACUCAGGGGACGUUUAUUUGUUGAGUCACUUGUGUGUAUAUUCCGUGUUGUGUUUGUUCAUUGUUGUAGAAUCUAGUAUGUCUAGAUCUAUGUUGGCCUGUGUGGUUCUCAAUCAGAGGCAGCUGUCGCUUUUUGUCUCUGAUUGGGGACCAUACUUAGGUAGCCUAAUGGCACUAGUGGGUUGUGGGAUCUUGUUCCGUGUAAGGUGUGUGCUACCUUGGACUUCACGUUUCGUUUGUUGUUUUGUUGUGUGUUUAUUCGUUAAAUAAACAUGUUGGCAUAUCACGCUGCGCCUUGGUCCGUCCCGUCUAUAAACGAUCUUGACACAAAAAUCAAAGUCCUUCCAGAGUUUUUGUAGAAUCAAGAGUGACUUUAUUUCAAUUCAACAAAGCCUGUGCUGGUCUGCAGAGUAGCCCCCCUCUCACUCUUUCUAUCCCUCUAUAUAUAGUCUCCUUCACCCACAUCCUAGCUUAAAAUCCCUCCCUCUUUAGUUUCCCGCUCUUUAUCACUCCGUCCACUUCCUUUGUCUAUGAUGGCGGCUAAAUUCGACUUUCAUUCAGUUCAGAAUCAAUAGUAAUACAAUCAAUCAAUCCCUUAUCUUGCAAAAAUACUCAUGUUUAGUUUAAACUCUGUUCAACCCUGGCUCUCCCGGGCUUGACCUGAAGACUGAUUGUUGGACAUGACAGGUCCAUACUUAAAUCUUUCAAACAUACACAAAACCCCACCCCAUCAUGCUUUAAUCAAUCAAGAAGAUACCCCAGGAGAGACAAAGGUUUAGCCUGAACUCUUCCCUACCCUGGCCGCUCCUUCCGCUUUGUUUGAGGAGAGAGGCAAAAGGCCACAGUCUGGUUUCAGUCUCUCUGAUAAAGUAGGACAGCCAUGGAUUUAAGUAAGAGCGAGCAAUUCGACCCUAGGUCAGAUUCCCACUUUACCCCCACACACACAGUGAAAUUACCCAAUUAAGUUCCUGGCCCAGCAACAAAGAAUUCUAACUCUAUGUUCGUGAUUAACCCAGUUUUAUCUCAUAGUCCACUAAAAAAUAUCCAUCACACUCUGACUUCAGUUAUACUACAGUGUACUGCCAUUAUAUUGUACCCUGACUACAGUUACAGUGGGGGGAAAAAGUAUUUAGUCAGCCACCAAUUGUGCAAGUUCUCCCACAAAAAGAUGAGAGAGGCCUGUAAUUUUCAUCAUAGGUACAGUGGGGAAAAAAAGUAUUUAGUCAGCCACCAAUUGUGCAAGUUCUCCCACUUAAAAAGAUGAGAGAGGCCUGUAAUUUUCAUCAUAGGUACACGUCAACUAUGACAGACAAAUUGAGGGGAAAAAAUCCAGAAAAUCACAUUGUAGGGUUUUUAAUGAAUUUAUUUGCAAAUUAUGGUGGAAAAUAAGUAUUUGGUCACCUACAAACAAGCAAGAUUUCUGGCUCUCACAGACCUGUAACUUCUUCUUUAAGAGGCUCCUCUGUCCUCCACUCGUUACCUGUAUUAAUGGCACCUGUUUGAACUUGUUAUCAGUAUAAAAGACACCUGUCCACAACCUCAAACAGUCACACUCCAAACUCCACUAUGGCCAAGACCAAAGAGCUGUCAAAGGACACCAGAAACAAAAUUGUAGACCUGCACCAGGCUGGGAAGACUGAAUCUGCAAUAGGUAAGCAGCUUGGUUUGAAGAAAUCAACUGUGGGAGCAAUUAUUAGGAAAUGGAAGACAUACAAGACCACUGAUAAUCUCCCUCGAUCUGGGGCUCCACGCAAGAUCUCACCCCGUGGGGUCAAAAUGAUCACAAGAACGGUGAGCAAAAAUCCCAGAACCACACGGGGGGACCUAGUGAAUGACCUGCAGAGAGCUGGGACCAAAGUAACAAAGCCUACCAUCAGUAACACACUACGCCGCCAGGGACUCAAAUCCUGCAGUGCCAGACGUGUCCCCCUGCUUAAGCCAGUACAUGUCCAGGCCCGUCUGAAGUUUGCUAGAGUGCAUUUGGAUGAUCCAGAAGAGGAUUGGGAGAAUGUCAUAUGGUCAGAUGAAACCAAAAUAGAACUUUUGGGUCAAAACUCAACUCGUCGUGUUUGGAGGACAAAGAAUGCUGAGUUGCAUCCAAAGAACACCAUACCUACUGUGAAGCAUGGGGGUGGAAACAUCAUGCUUUGGGGCUGUUUUUCUGCAAAGGGACCAGGACGACUGAUCCGUGUAAAGGAAAGAAUGAAUGGGGCCAUGUAUCAUGAGAUUUUGAGUGAAAACCUCCUUCCAUCAGCAAGGGCAUUGAAGAUGAAACGUGGCUGGGUCUUUCAGCAUGACAAUGAUCCCAAACACACCGCCCGGGCAACGAAGGAGUGGCUUCGUAAGAAGCAUUUCAAGGUCCUGGAGUGGCCUAGCCAGUCUCCAGAUCUCAACCCCAUAGAAAAUCUUUGGAGGGAGUUGAAAGUCCGUGUUGCCCAGCGACAGCCCCAAAACAUCACUGCUCUAGAGGAGAUCUGCAUGGAGGAAUGGGCCAAUAUACCAGCAACAGUGUGUGAAAACCUUGCGAAGACUUACAGAAAACGUUUGACCUGUGUCAUUGCCAACAAAGGGUAUAUAACAAAGUAUUGAGAAACUUUUGUUAUUGACCAAAUACUUAUUUUCCACCAUAAUUUGCAAAUCAAUUCAUAAAAAAGAACUUGCACAAUUGGUGGCUGACUAAAUACCUUUUUCCCCCACUGUAUACUACAGUGUACUGCAGUUAUACUGCACUCUGACUACAGUUAUACUACAGUGUACUGCAGUUAUACUACACACUGACUACAGUUAUACUACAGUGUACUUCAGUUAUACUGCACACUAACUACAGUUAUACUACAGUGUACUGCAGUUAUACUGCACUCUGACUGCAAUUUUCUUUCCGUAAGGGUGUGCAUAUCCACACCUUUUGCCCAUUUUGCGUGAUUUGGUAGACCUGGUUUGGCCUGUAUUAGUAGUGUUUUCCAUUAUUCUUGUGUCCAUUAUUAUUAUAUGAAAGCAAUUUAUUUAUUUCAACCUAUCUGAGAUCAUUUUAAAACCACAUAUGAAUGAUACACAUUGGAGAUACAGUAUGUUGUUUGAAUGGUGAGUUUAUUAUUUUUCUUGAGGUGAAAUCGUGUCAGUACAGAUUGUACCUUAUUCUCCACAUGUCUGAAUGGCACUACGGUGGUAGAUACAAUUACAUCCUUAAGUGACCAGUAGACCUCAAUGGGAGGGAGAGAGAGGACACUUAGCCUAAAAUGAUGUGUGGGAUAAAAAGGGGUUACUAUGGAAACCACCAAUGGUCCUCAGUGUUCUGCUUGGAAUUUCUACCUGCAAGAACACAUGCACCAAUUGAUCGAGUGCCCUUUCUCUCUCAAAUAAUUUGGGUCCAAUUUAAAACAAAUUCCCAACCAUAAUUACCUUGAAUUAUACAUUUUUAUUUAAGAAGCAUAGAUGAAAUCAGCUUAUCAAAAACGUUCCAUAUGGAGAAUAUUUUAGUGUUAGAUCUACGUAUCUAAUGCAUCUUAGCAUGAAGGAAACAGCUGUGUUGUAGAGCUAUAGCUCCUUUUAAUAAAACCAUAAUGCUUUUCUUAUCAAAUGUGAUAUGUAAGUUAUGUAUAAAAAAAUUACAUGUACAAAGUUAUUGCUGAAUGUGAAUAUGGCUCUUAUUCAAAGCUUGCAUGAUGUGAUUGGGAUCUCAUUCUCUUUCUUUAACCCUUUUCUUACUGCAUCCUCUGACCAUGUGUAGACUAGAUCUCAAGCACUUGUCUCACCCUCUCAUCAUGUUAUCCUCUGACCAUGUGUAGACUAGAUCUCAAGCACUUCUCUCACCCUCUCAUCAUGUUAUCCUCUGACCAUGUGGCCAAGUGAAGGUGGAUAUCAUUCGUAAGCGUCUCCACAAGGACAUCCUCCACAACCCUGCGGUUAUGCUCAACUUCUGCCCAGACCUCAAGUCCAUGACCUCUGACCUGACGAAGGUGCAUGGAGAGUUCAUCUUCCUCAUCGACCGCAGUGGGAGCAUGAGCGGGGUCAACAUCAGCUGUGUCAAGGUACUGUCAUGACUUCAUAACACAUUCAUAACCCAUACGUAACCUAUUCAUAAGAAGUGCAUAAGCAUAAUGAACUGAAACAGUGUAGUUAGACUUAAGGGCAACUAAAUGAUGAAGGAAUAACGUAGUUUACUAAUUAGAUAUGUAAGAGGCUAUGCAUUCAUAUUGUGCUAUUAAUGACUCAAAGACUCACUGGUCAUUUGAUGGAAAGGUCAAUGGAAACUCAUCUCAUCUCAGCCUUUAUUUGCCAGGGUAGUGGGUUCGAUCCCCGGGACCACCCAUACACAAAAAUGUAUGCACGCAUGACUGUAAGUCGCUUUGGAUAAAAGCGUCUGCUAAGUGGCAUAUUAUUUAUUUAUUUAUUUCCAGUGCAUCUGACUGUAAUGUUACCUGAUUAGGCUGGGCUGAGACAGUGAUGUUUGACUAACCCCUGUUGUUCUGUUACGCACAGCAGGGUAGCGUGACUCAUACUCAGACAUCUUCUGAUUGGGGAGAGAUGGGCCUCCUCUCCCUAUGACAUCUUGACACUUAAAGGCCCAGCCAGGUCAGACCAGUGAUGAUGUAAUCAUUUCUCCUCAGUUUCUUUAAUCUGCCAGAAAGUCCCCCAAAAUGCCAGGCCCCAAUGUGAUAGUCUUUUACUGAAUAUAAGGAGAAAGAGAGAUUUCUAUGACCUCAAAAUGCCAGCGACCCCAAAAUGCUAGCGAGCACCAAUUUGAUACCACCUUUGAAAAUGAAGGGGGAGAAAGAGCAGUGGAGAUUUUUUAUGUUCACAACGACUUGAAAUGGACAAAAAACAUUGAACUUUCCUGUGAGCUGUCUCUCUAAUCAAUCUCUGGUAUAACCUUCCCUAUUGACUUUCUCUGUAUUGCUGCAUGUCAUGAAGAAAGUCCAUUACAUAUAACACGUGCUUCAUACGUGCAUGCUUUAUGACAGAGAAAAUGCCAUUACUGUUACUGGGUCAGAGGAGAGUUGUAUUUAUGUAUUUUAGAGAGUAAAAGAAAGGAAAUCAUUUCUGUAAACUUUUUGUCAUAGCAACACAGAAAUUACAGGAUUUACUUUCUCUUCACCAUUACACACUGAGUGUACAAAACAUUAAGAACACCUGCUCUUUCCAUGAUAUAGACUGACCAGGUGAAUUCAGGUGAAAGCUAUGAUACGUUAUUGAUAUCACCUGUUAAAUCCACUUCAAUCAGUGUAGAUGAAGGGGAGGAGACAGGUUAAAGAAGGAUUUUUAAGCCUUGAGACAAUUGAGACAUGGGAUUGUGAAUGUGUGCCAUUCAGAGGGUAUUUAAGUGUCUUUGAACGGGGUAUGGUAGUAGGUGCCAGGCACACCGGUUUGAGUGUGUCAAGAACUGCAACGUUGCUGGGUUUUUCACGCUCAACAGUUUCCCGUGUGUAUCAAGAAUGGACCACCACCCAAAGGACAUCCAGCCAACAUGACUCAACUGUGGGAAGCAUUGGAGUCAACAUGGGUCAGCAUCCCUGUAGAGUCCCUUGUAAGUCCAUGCCCCAAUGAAUUGAGGCUGUUCUGAGGGCAAAAGGAUGUGAAACUCAAUAAUAGGAAGGUGUUCUUAAUGAUUUGUGUACUCAGUGUAUAUAUUUAUAUUCCGGUCGUUCUGAUAUUUCUUAAUUUCUUUAGUUUUUUGGAUUAUGUGUGUAUAGCAUUCUUUUAUUUUAUUUUAUUAUUGCUAGGUAUUACUGCAGUGUUGGAGCUGGUAACACAAGCAUUUCACUGCACCUGCGAUAACAUCUGCAAAUCUGUGUACGCGACCAAUAAACUUUGAUUUGAAUUGGUUUUUCCAGUCAUAAAUAAAUAAAACUUUCACAUUGAAAGGGUAUUAAAUACACAAUAUGGUGUAAAAAAAUAAAUACAUAAUACAGUGAAAUAUGAUUACAGCCAAACUUGGAAUGAAUGGUUUGUUAUUGAACAUACUCUUUCUAAUAAUACACUGGCCCGCACCUCUGUCACACAGAGAUAAUCAUAAUUAUAUGGCACUUCUCUAGUGCACCACAAAGACGCUCUCCAGUGUAUAAUAACCAGCCUGCUGAGAAGAUGGCUUAGAGUUGUAAUCUGGUCAAACUGCUGCAGCCGAAAAUGUUUGAAGGUCAAGAAGAACACUUGCAGCCAGGUGAACAAGGCUGGUUGUUAGAGAAUGUCUUAAAGAUUGACUGUCUUGUUCUUCUUCCUUUUAUUUUCUUGCUCUCUCUCUCUCUCUGUCUCUCUUUCCUCCCUAUCUCCCUCGCUCUAUCUCUCUCUCUUUCUCGUCUCUCCAGCCCAAACUCCCUCCUUAUCUGUAAGGGGACCCAUCUAGAAAUCCAAUUCUGUAGUCCUCGACCUCCAAAAUAGAGUCUCUCCCUCUCUCUCUCGCUUAGCUUCUCUCCUCUCUUCCGCUCUCACCCUCUCUCUUUCUUUUGCUCUCCUCUCUCUCUCCUCUUUCUCAGUUUCCCUCUCUCUCUCCUCUUUCUCCGUUUCCCUCUCUCUCUCUCCCUCUUCUCUCUCUUCCCUCUCUCUCUCCCUCUUUCUCUCUCUCCCUCUCUCUCUCCCUCUCUCUCUCUCUCUCUCUCUCCAUAUUUCCCCCUUUUUUCAUUCUCCUCUCCUUCAUCUUGACCUUGUGUUUCUGUCAUGUCUGUUCUGUUCCCAGGAUGCCAUGGUGGUGAUCCUGAAGAGCAUUGUGCCUGCCAGCCUCUUCAACAUCAUCGGCUUCGGCUCCACAUUCAAAACACUGUUUACUACCAGUCAGAGCUAUGAUGAGGUAUGAGGCAGGCAGAACAUAUAGUGUUUAUUUUUUCAAUAUUAUUGAACUGCUUGUCAGUGAUAAAAUCUCUAUUAGUAAAUGCUUAAUCUUGCAUGCCAGAUUCCACAGCUACAAGUAGUACAGGUAGGGGCGACAGGUAGCAUAGCGGUUAAGAGCGUUGGGCCAGUAACCAAAAUAUCGCUGGUUCGAAUCCCUGAGCCAACAAGGUGAAAAAUCUGUCAAUGUGCCCUUGAGCAAGGCACUUAACCCUAAUUGCUCCUGUAAGUCGUUCUGGUUAAGAGCGUCUGCUAAAUGUCAAAAAAUAUAACUGUAAAUGUAGUCGUAGUGUGAGUAUAAGUCACAGACACGCUUGUCUGCCUCUGUACAAGUGUCUGUCACAAGAGACUUGAGACUAGUAAAAUGCUUCUCCCCUGUCAUCUCCAUGCUUCAGGAAACAGUAACCAUGGCUUGUGAGUACAUCAGGAAGAUCCGAGCUGACAUGGGCGGCACCAACAUCCUGGCACCACUCAACUGGAUCCUGAGGCAGCCCAUGCACGUGGGUCAUCCACGCAUGCUCUUCCUGCUCACAGAUGGGGCCGUCAGCAACACAGGGAAGGUCAUCGAGCUCGUCCGCAGCCAUGCCCGCUACACCAGGUAAACACACCAUCAACUUACUUAACUUUGUUGUCUCCAAUUGCUAUAGACCACCCUAUUCAAAAUGAUGGCAUUUCCAUCGAAAAGAACCCAUGAGCACCAACAUGUGAAGUUCAUAGGAGCAUAUAAAAUUGGAUGUCAAAUGAUAGCUAAGAGUCUAUAUUCUGGGGAGUACAGAUCAGGUAACCAUAAUGUAAUUCCGUUACCGUGGAAUUGCCCAUAGCACCUUGCAUACACAGUCUCAUGAGCUAUACAGUUUACAGUUUUUAGCUCCAGCGCUGUUAAAACGCUAUUAACGGGAGAUUACAUGCACCUGCAGGCUAAACUAAGCUUGAUUGAAACGAAAAACCCACAAGGAUAAACCAGCAAAUCAGUUGAUCUCUCGUUGUUACAGUGUCUAGUGAUUAUGAUACCAGACAGCUGGUCUAGAUUCUCUACUCCCGCCCCCAAUGAAAUAUCGACCUAUCAGGAACAUCGGAAGCUGUAAGGCUGAUGAAUGUAAAAAUACUAAUUAGAAUAUAAGAAUAUAGAAGUAGUAGGCCUAUAUUUCAUUCAAACAUUUCACCAAUGGAAAAAUUAUAUAAUAUAUGCCAUUUGAAAUAACUUUAUACACUACAUUUUAAUUUGAUUAAAAAAAUAGAUUAAUUUAUUACAUUUACAUAAUUUAGCAGACACUCUUAUCCAGAGCGACUUACAAAUUGGUGCAUUCAACUUAUGAUAGCCAGUGGGACAACCACCUUUUUUUUAUGGGGGGUGGGGGAAGAUUACAGUGCAUUCAGAAAGUAUUCAGACCCCUUGACUUUUUCCACAUUUUGUUAGGUUACAGCCUUAUUCUAAAAUGGAUUAAAUAAAUAAAAAUCCUCAUCAAUCUGCACACAAUACCCAAUAAUGACAAAGCAAAAACAGGUUUUUAUAAAUGAUUGUGUAUUACAAUUUUAAAAACAGAAAUAUCAUAUUUACAUAAGUAUUCAGACCCUUUACUUUGUUGAAGCACCUUUGGCAGCGAUUAGAGCCUCUAGUCUUCUUGGGGAUGACGCUACAAGCUUGGCACACCUAUAUUUGGGGAGUUUCUCCCAUUCUUCUAGGCAGAUCCUCUCAAGCUCUGUCAGGUUGGAUGGGGAGUGUUGCUGCACAGCUAUUUUCAGGUCUCUCCAGAGAUGUUCGAUCAGGUUCAAGUCCGGGCUCUGGCUGGGCCACUCAAGGACAUUCAGAUACUUGUCCCGAAGCCACUUCUGCGUUGUCUUGGCUGUGUGCUUAGGGUCGUUGUCCUGUUGGAAGGUGAACCUUUGCCCCAGUCUGAGAUCCUGAGCGCUCUGGAGCAGGUUUUCAUCAAGGAUCUAAUAUAAUAAUAUUUUAAUAUACUUUGCUCCAUUCAUCUUUCCCUCGAUCCGGACUAGUCUCCCAGUCCCUGCCGCUGCAAAACAUCCCCACAACAUGAUGCUGCCACCACCUUGCUUCACCGUAGGGAUGGUGCCAGGUUUACUCCAGACGUGACGCUUGGCAUUCAGGCCAAAGAGUUCAAUUUUGGUGUCAUCAGACCAGAUAAUCUUGUUUCUCAUGGUCUGAGAGUCCUUUAAGUGAAGUUUGGCAAACUCCAAGUGGGCUGUCAUGUGUCUUUUACUGAGGAGUGGCUUCCGUCUGGCCACUCUACCAUAAAGACCUGAUUGGUGGAGUGCUGCAGAGAUGGUUGUCCUUCUGGAAGGUUCUCCCAUCUCCACAGAGGAACUCUGGAGCUCUGUCAGAGUGACCAUCGGGUUCUUGGUCACCUCCCUGACCAAGGCCCUUCUCCCCCGAUUGCUCAGUUUGGCCGGGCAGCCAGCUCUAGGAAGAGUCUUGGUGGUUGCAAACAUCUUCCAUUUAAGAAGGAUGGAGGCCACUGUGUUCUUGGGAACCUUCAAUGCUGCAGAAAUAUUUUGGUACCCUUCCCCAGAUCUGUGCAAUCCUGUCUCGGAGCUCUAUGGAAAAUUCCUUCAACCUCAAGGCUUGGUUUUUGCUCUGACAUGCACUGUCAACUGUGGGACCUUAUAUAGACAGGAUUGUGCCUUUCCAAAUGAUGUCUAAUCAAUUGAAUUUACCACAGGUGGACUCCAAUCAAGUUGUAGAAACAUGGAUGAUCAAUGGAAACAGGAUGCACCUGAGCUCAAUUUUGAGUCUCAUAGCAAAGGGUCUGAGUACUUCUGUUUUUUAUUUUUAAUACAUUUGCAAACAUUUCUAAAAACCUGUUUUCGCUUUGAUAUUAUGGGGUAUUGUGUGUAGAUUGAUGAGGAUUAAAAAAAAAAAUUAAUCCAUUUUUGAAUAAGGCUGUAACGUAACAAAAUGUCGAAAAACAGAAGGGAUCUGAAUACUUUCCGAAUGCACUGUAUGUCACGAUCGUCUUCAAAAUGAGCGGACCAAGGCGCAGCGUGAUAAGCAUACAUACUUUAUUAAUAUAAAGCGCACACACGAAAAUGAAACAAAACACGAUCGUAACGUCCUCAGUGACAAAAACACGGAACACUGAAACACAGGAACAAUGGAACAAAAACCCACAACCAUAAAGUGAAAACACACAGUUUAAAUAUGGCUCCCAAUCAGAGAUAACGAGCCGACAGCUGACACUCGUUACCUCCGAUUGGGAGUCAUUGACCAAUCACCACUAAACACAAACAAAUGAAACACACCCAUCCCCAACACCACCAAAUGAAAUACACCCUGGCUCUAACACACAGUCCCGGAGCCAGAGUGUGACAGUACCCCCCCCCAAAGGCGCGGACUCCGACCGCGCCUAACCCAAAAAAUGGGGAGGGCUGGGUGGGUGUUGCUCCUCGGAGGCGGCUCUGGCACUGGUCGUGGUCCCCACCCCACCAUAGUCACUACCCGCUUUAGUAGCCUCCUCCAUUUGACCACCCUACAACCUAACCCACCUGGAUUAAGGGGCAGCACCGGACUAAGAGGCAGCACCGGACUAAGGGGCAGCACCGGACUAAGGGACAGCACCAGGAUAAGGAGCAGCACCGAGCUAAGGGACAGCACCGGACUAAGGGGCAGCACCAGGAUAAGGGACAGCACCAGGAUAAGGAGCAACACCGAGCUAAGGGGCAGCACCGGACUAAAUGGCGGAUCCUGGCUGGCUGGCUCUGGUGGAUCCUGGCUGGCUGGAGGAUCCUGGCUGGACGGCUCUGGCGGAUCCCGGCUGGACGGCUCUGGCGGAUCCCGGCUGGACGGCUCUGGCGGAUCCCGGCUGGACGGCUCUGGCGGAUCCCGGCUGGACGGCUCUGGCGGAUCCCGGCUGGACGGCUCUGGCGGAUCCCGGCUGGACGGCUCUUGCGGAUCCCGGCUGGACGGCUCUGGCGGAUCCCGGCUGGACGGCUCUGGCGGAUCCCGGCUGGACGGCUCUGGCGGAUCCCGGCUGGACGGCUCUGGCGGAUCCCGGCUGGACGGCUCUGGCGGAUCCCGGCUGGACGGCUCUGGCGGAUCCUGGCUGGACGGCUCAUGGCUGGCUGACGGAUCUGGCUGCCCAUGGCUGGCUGACGGAUCUGGCUGCUCAUGGCUGGCUGACGGAUCUGGCUGCUCAUGGCUGGCUGACGGAUCUGGCUGCUCAUGGCUGGCUGACGGAUCUGGCUGCUCAUGGCUGGCUGACGGAUCUGGCUGCUCAUGGCUGGCUAACGGAUCUGGCUGCUCAUGGCUGGCUGACGGAUCUGGCUGCUCAUGGCUGGCUGACGGAUCUGGCUGCUCAUGGCUGGCUGACGGAUCUGGCUGCUCAUGGCUGGCUGACGGAUCUGGCUGCUCAUGGCUGGCUGACGGAUCCUGGGGACGCACACAAGGCCUAGUGCGUGGUGCCGGAACUGGUGGUCCCGGGCUGAGGACACGCAUCUCAGGGCUAGUGCGGGGAGAAGCAACAGGGCAUGCUUGGCCCUGGGGACGCACCGUAGGCCUGAUGCGUGGUGCCGGAACUGGAGGUACCGGGCUGAGGACACGCAUCUCAGGGCUAGUGCGGGGAGAAGCAACAGGGCAUGCUUGGCCCUGGGGACGCACCGUAGGCCUAGUGCGGAGAGCAGGAACAGGCCGGGCUGGGCUGGCGACGCGCACCGUAUCUCUGGUGCGAGAGGCCGGAACAGGCCGGGCCGGGCUGGCGAAGCGCACCGUAUCCCUGGUGCGUGGAGUAGGAACAGGCCGGGCUGGGCUGGCGACGCGCACCGUAUCCCUGGUGCGAGUGGCCGGAACAGGCCGGGCCGGGCUGGCGAAGCGCACCGUAUCCCUGGUGCGUGGAGUAGGAACAGGCCGGGCUGAGCUGGCGACGCGCACCGUAUCCCUGGUGCGAGUGGCCGGAACAGGCCGGGCCGGGCUGGCGAAGCGCACCGUAUCCCUGGUGCGAGUGGCCGGAACAGGCCGGGCUGGGCUGGCGACGCGCACCGUAGGCUUCGUAUGAGGCUCAGGAACAGGCCGGGCUGGGCUGGCGACGCGCACCUUACACUUAGUGCGAGGGGCCGGAACAGGCCGUACCGUACUGGGGACACACACUACUGGCUGUACCUCGGGAUUAGGAACGGGCCGGACCGGACUGGAUACACACCUCAGUCUCUCACGCCGUGCCUCUACAUCUCCUUUCCCUACUUUGGCCAGUGACCCCCUUAACCUGGUAGCCUCCUGAAUCCGUCCCUUCUCUGCCUCCGUCAGCCCCCUUAACCUGGUAGCCUUCUGAAUCUGCCUUGUGGCAGCCUCCUGCUGCUCAGUCGCCCAAGCCAUGUGCCCCCCCCCAAAAACUUUUUGGGGUUGCCUCUCGUCCUUCCGACGAUGGCCCUGCCGAUGCCGUUGCUCCUCUCGCCGUCGCCUCUCCACCGUCUCGUUCCAUGGUCGGCGAUCCAUACCAUCCAGGAUCUCCUCCCAAGUCCAGGACCCUUUACCGUCCAACAGUUCCAUCCAUGUCCAGACCCUUUGUUCCUGGACGCGCUGCUUGGUCCCUUUAUGGUGGGUUUUUCUGUCACGAUCGUCUUCAAAAUGAGCGGACCAAGGCGCAGCGUGAUAAGCAUACAUACUUUAUUAAUAUAAAGCGCACACACGAAAAUGAAACAAAACACGAUCGUAACGUCCUCAGUGACAAAAACACGGAACACUGAAACACAGGAACAAUGGAACAAAAACCCACAACCAUAAAGUGAAAACACACAGUUUAAAUAUGGCUCCCAAUCAGAGAUAACGAGCCGACAGCUGACACUCGUUACCUCCGAUUGGGAGUCAUUGACCAAUCACCACUAAACACAAACAAAUGAAACACACCCAUCCCCAACACCACCAAAUGAAAUACACCCUGGCUCUAACACACAGUCCCGGAGCCAGAGUGUGACACUGUAUGUACAGUACCAGUCAAAAAUGUGGACACACCUGCUCAUUCAAGGGUUUUUCUUUAUUCUUUAUAACUCACGAAGCUGGUUGAGAGAAUGCCAAGAGUGUGCAAAGCUGUCAUCAAGGCAAAGGGUGGCUACUUUGAAGAAUAUAAAAUAUAAAAUAUAUUUUGAUUUGUUUAACACUUUUUUUGUUACUACAUGAUUCCAUAUGUGUAGUUUUUAUUUUUAUUUUUAUUUUAUUUUUAUUUCACCUUUAUUUAACCAGGUAAGCCAGUUGAGAACAAGUUCUCAUUUACAACUGCGACCUGGCAGUUGAUGUCUUCACUAUUAUUCUACAAUGUAGAAAAAAGUCAAAAUAAAGAAAAACCCUUGAAUGAGUAGGUGUGUCCAAACUUUUGACUGGUAUAUAUUCAUUUUUUUCACGGACCCCCUGCAGUACAUUCACAGACCCCUAAGGGGCCACGGACCCCUGGUUGAAUACCCCUGGUUUACACCAUCAACAUUAGUUUUCCAUUCGUACAACGUGUUGGGUAAAUUGCCACAGUAGAUUUGAUCAUGGUAAACAAGGAAAUACUUUAUUUCAGUUGUACGGAAUGAUUGUCAAAUAGAUAAAUCACCCUUAGUCUGCUCAAAAAGUAUGACUGUUGUUCCGAUAAUAUUACCAACCAGAGGGCGAAAUAGUAUUGGAAAAUGUUGGCUGCAAUCAAGACUAGAAGAGAAUCUCGACAUCCGAUAGGGAGCGGUAAAUUGCUGGCCUAUGUUGGUUGCAAUUGAGAUCAGCUGUGCGGGUGAUUUUAGAGCAUAUUGAUGGUUUAACAAGAGAUCAGAUGGCGAUAAUCUGGUGGCUUUCGAUGGUUGCAAUUAACCCAUUCAAUAUGAUGGGGCUUGCUAAUGCAUGCCCUCUCUUGUUCAUGCUUAUUAUGCACAACAAGCCAUUCAGACAUGUAAUCAAGGCUAGGGGAUUGGAGGGAGCUUAAGUGCAAAACCUUGUUUUUGCUCAGUAAUCCUUUUAAAAUGAAGCUUGGAAAUAUGCACCUUAUGUUUGCACAGUUCUUGAUAUUAUUCGGUGUGACUACAAUGUCAUAUGUUAUUGGUAAUGGUAAUAUUUUCAAACACUGCAACACGCUGACGCUCCGAACAUGCCCCUGCAGAAUCAUAACACCAGCUGUUGAUAGAGCAAGAACGCCAAUAACACAGUACUCUCUGCAAGGAAUGGGUUAUUGUUUCACUUUGGUUGUUGCAUCUGCAAUCUCAGUCCGCAGUCAUCCUCUCCUGAACCACUCCUGAUUUAAUGACUUUAAGUCUUCCCCUUUUUAAUGGAUGAAUGCCCCUAGAUGAUUGGAUUAGAUACACAGUGAUCCGGCCAAUCCGCCCACGCAUCCAGAAUGAUUAUGGCUCCACACUCACAAAUCAGCACACCCCCGGUCAGUGGACAGAGCAAAUACUAAUGAAUCUCUGCUACCAGGACUGCGUCCCAAAUGGCACCCUAUUCCCUACGUAGUGCACUACCUUUUGGGACAUUUGGGACACCGCCCAGGAGUCCACGUCAGACAUGUAGCUAUGCUAAAGGAUGCUUUUCCUUUUUAAUCCCCACUGUUUGACCUCAUCAAUUAUGCAGAGGAGCAUCGCUGGUGCAUCUGCUGGUGUUCAGCCAUCUCUAAUUCAUCCUCAGUAUGAGGUGUGAAGUGUAAUUGACAAACCUAAUGAGAAAACUGAUGAGAUGCAACAUUAGACUGGAUGAUGAAAAUAGACCUUCAUCAGCCAAGUCCGAUCAUUUCUCUCUCUCCCUUUCUCUCGAUCUCUCGAUCUCUCUCGAUCUCUCAAUCUCUCUCUCUCACUCUCGCUCUCUCUUUCGGUCUCUCACUCUCUCAAUCUCUCUCUCUCUCUCUCUCUCUCUCUCUCUCUCUCUCUCUCUCUCUCUCUCUCUCUCGCUCUCCUUUUCAAGAAACUCACUCCCCAGGCACGUCUUGGCUUUCAAGACUGAAAUACAAUUUCCAGUUUGGCAUCUUAGUUUUCUGCUACGAUGCGCUGCAAAUUACAUUACUGAUAAAACCCAAUACUUUGAGGGGGGGCUGUUUUGUAAUAUAGCAUCACCACUAUGUACCACCAGACCAUCUCAAUAGGUCUGUCACUGUAAGGGAAUGCAUGUUUCUCUGAGAGAUAAGGUGUGUGACUUUUAUUAGGCUCAGAUACAGAUAGAUCUUUUCAGGUCUUUCUCUAAGCCUGAGCUAAGGAGAUGUGUAUCUUGUGUUGGCAGGUGCUACACUUUCGGCAUCGGUCAGAGUGCUUGCAGGAGACUGGUGACUGGACUGGCUACUGUUUCCAAAGGAACGGCACAGUUCUUGGCAGAAGGGGAGAGACUGCAGCCCAAGGUCUUAAUUUCCAAUGACAUGUUUAUCCUCCUCUCUGUGACAACCAGCUAUUCUUAACGUCAUAGAGGAGGGUCAUUAUGCAGUGGAUGCAAAUUAUUCAGACAGAGAGCUCUCUACUGUUACCAAUUACCAAUUAAUUUUGUUGAGCAAAACACCCAUUAGAAUCAGUCUGCUCCACAGCAUACUUUUGAAAGAAUGAAUUAUUCCAUUCUCACAGGCUUACAGGCUUGUUUUCUCAUUACCAAUAUGUAAAACUCAAGGCAACAGAGACAUGCAGACAUACAAUGUCACCAUUUUAUUGUACAGGCAGAGGGUUACUGGGUAUGUCGUAAUAAUUUCAAUAGAUCUCUAUUCUAUGCCAUCUGUAGUCUCACGAGCCCAAACGCGGAAUGCUAUGUUUUUGCGAUCCGUACUUAACUUCUAUAACGUUGGAACUCAAGGCUAUGUCACCUGCAUCUCUCUGUCUAUAUGCGGCAGGUAGCCUAGCGGUUAGAGCGUUGGGCCAGCAACCAGAUAGUUGCUAGUUUGAAUCCCCGAGCCAACAAGGUGAAAAAUCUGUCAAUGUGCCGUUGAGCAAGGCACUUAACCCUAAUUGCUCCAGGGUUGUUGAUAAUGGCAGACCCUGGCCGUGACCCCACUCUCUGAGGGGGUCUCAGGGAGAGUUGGAAUAUGCAAAAAAUGAAUUUCCAAUUCACACAUGCAUAUAAUACACACUUGUUCAUGUGUGAAAUAGGACAAAUAUAAGCACCCACCAAAGUAGUAUUAUUAUUAAGUCACUGAAAAUAAUAAUUUCAAUAGAUCUCUCUUUCUAUUCUAUUUCAACUGUAUUUCUGUCUAUUUAUAUUCUCCCAGAUGAUCAAGUCUCUGAAGAAGACCAUGGCCCCAGUGCUGAGUGACAUUGCCAUCGACUGGUUGUUCCCUGAGACCAAGGAAGUGUUGCUCUCCCCUGUAGGCUCCACCUUCCUGUUCCCUGGGGACCGUCUGAUUGGCUAUAGCGUUGUCUGUGACACCACACGCUACCAUCCCAACCCCAAGUCUGUAAGUAGGCCUACAUCCUGACAAAAAGUGGCUAUGUAAUAUGUAUUCAUAUAGUGUGUUUAACAUAUUGAGUAUUCUCAGUCCUGAAUGUGACUGUAUCUGUUCCCCGCUAUUUCAAUUCAAUAGGUAUUCUCUGGUUGUCACGAUCGUCAUAAUGAUUGGACCAAGGCGCAGCGUCAUAUGCGUACAUCUUUUUAAUAGUGUACUGGCAACACGAUGCAAAAUACAAAACAACCAAACGAAACGUGAAGUCCUCGGUUAUGAACACAAACCAACACGGAACAAGAUCCCACAAAACACAAGUGCACAACAGGCUGCCUAAGUAUGGUUCCCAAUCAGAGACAACAAGCAACAGCUGAUUCUCGUUGCCUCUGAUUGAGAACCACCCCGGCCAACAUAGAAACACAUCACCUAGAACAGAACAUAGAAAACGAAACAUAGACACUACACAAAGAAACUAACACCCUGGCUCAACAUACAAGAGUCCCCAGAGCCAGGGCGUGACACUGGUCUCUAUUUUCGGUUGGCGUUAAGGCGGCGCUAGUGUCAAACGCACAUUAGUUUGCAAUAUCGUCAUGUAAAAACUGGCGCACUGGCAUUUUCUAGCCCUAACGCCAAGUUCGGCAAUUUACCUGUCUAAAAUCAGCACGCUUGCGCUCAGAUGGGAGGGGUGGAAAUAUUUGAGACGUGUCCUUAAAACAUGAUCCAAGUGCUAAUUUCAGGCAGCGCUGGUAGGGAUAUUUAAGACUAACCAAAAGCUGGUUUUAGCAGUAACGCAGUUGGUUAUGGCAUGCAUUUUGACAGUGGAAACGCAGUCUAUCCAGUGGUGAUGAACACUGCCCAAUAUGUGAUUUGGUGCCUGUAUGCUUCGCAUUCAAUUAAUUAUUUUUUUAUUUGUGUCCUGCCCAAUGUAAUCAUGUAGGCUAGUCAAGACCACCAAUAAAGUGUUUGGCUCGUCAUGAGACUGCUUGGAAAUACAUCUUAAUCACCAAAGCUUUAUUAAAAUAUCAAGUUUGAGAGGAGCAAAACAGUGACUUGACAUUUCCUUUUUAUCUAUGUAUUGUAGGCAGGCCUACAUUAUUUUAGCCAUGCUUUGGACGUGCGUAAAACCCCCUCAAUGAUGUAGGCUAUAUGUUUCCAUGCCCAUCAUGAAACGAGAGAUGAGAACCUCUGUGUUUGUUUCCGGUUCAUAAAAAAAGAAAAAAAAAGAAGCCCUCCGUAGGCCACCCUUACCCUAUAAGCCUACUAUAACGAAGGCUGGUUCAACAGCAAUGCAUCCUGUCUUUUUUUAUGAUGCCGAUUUUAUGAUAUCAUAAAAUUUUACAUGUACAGUGCCUUCGGGAAAGUAUUCAGACCCCUUGACUUUAUCCACAUUUUGUAACGUUACAGCCUUAUUCUAAAAUUGAUUAAAUAUUUCUUUAUUCUCAGCAAUCUACACACAAUACCCCAUACUGACAAAGCGAAAACAGGUUUUUAGAAACUUUUGCAAAUGUCUUAAAAAUUUAAAACAGAAAUACCUUAUUUACAUAAGUAUUCAGACCCUUUGCUAUGAGACUCGAAAUUGAGGUCAGGUGCAUCCUGUUUCCAUUGAUCAUCCUUGAGAUGUUUCUACAACUUGAUUGGAGUCCACCUGUGGUAAAUUCAAUUGAUUGGACAUGAUUUGGAAAGGCACACAUCUGUCUAUAUAAGGUUCCACAGUUGACAGUGCAUGUCAGAGCAAAAACCAAGCCAUGAGGUCGAAGGAAUUGUCUGUAGAGCUCCGAGACAGGAGCUCCCCAAGAACACAGUGGCCUCCAUCAUUCUUAAAUGGAAGCAGUUUGCAACCACCAAGACUCUUCCUAGAGCUGACCGCCCGGCCAAACUGAGCAAUCGGGGGAGAAGGGCCUUGGUCCGGUAGGUGACCAAGAACCUGAUGGUCACUCUGACAGAGCUCUAGAGUUCCUCUGUGGAGAUGGGAGAACCUUCCAGAAGGACAACCAUCUCUGCAGCACUCCACCAAUCAGGCCUUUAUGGUAAAUGAUGAAACCAAGAUUGAACUCUUUGGCCUGAAUGCCAAGCGUCACAUCUGGAAUAAACCUGGAACCAUCCCUACGGUGAAGCAUGGUGGUGGCAGCAUCAUGCUGUGGGGAUGUUUUUCAGCGGCAGGGACUGGGAGACAAGUCAGGAUCGAGGGAAAGAUGAACAGAAAAAAGUAUAGAGAGAUCCUUGAUGAAAACCUGCUCCAGAGCGCUCCGGACCUCAGACUGGCGUGAAGGUUCACCUUCCAACAGGACAACAACCCUAAGCACACAGCCAAGACAACGCAGGAGUGGCUUCGGGAUAAGUCUCUGAAUGUCCUUGAGUGGCCCAGCCAGAGCCCGGACUUGAACCCGAUCGAACAUCUCUGGAGAGACCUGAAAAUAGCUGUGUAGCAACGCUCCCCAUCCAACAUGACAGAGCUUGAGAGGAUCUGCAGAGAAGAAUGGGAGAAAUUCCCCAAAUACAGGUGUGCCAAGCUUGUGGCGUCAUACCCAAGAAGACUCGAUGCUGUAAUCGCUGCCAAAGGUGCUUCAACAAAGUACUGAGUAAAGGGUCUGAAUACUUAUGUAAAUGUAAUAUUUCCGUUUUUUUAUUUUCAAUAAAUUAGCAACACUUUCUAAAAACCUGUUUUUGCUUUGUCAUUAUGGGGUAUUGUGUGUAGAUUGAUGAGAUUUCAAUUUUUUAAAAAUCAAUUUCAGAAUAAAGCUGUAACGUAACAAAAUGUGAAAAAGUCAAGGGGUCUGAAUACUUUCCAAAGGUACUGUAUUUAUCAUUGUUGAAAAAAAUGAACAGAUUGCUUAUUUUUUGUUGAAUUGUAUUAAAACCAAACUUAUUAGAAUGAUUCACUGUCCUAGUUUUAUGUUGAGAAUGUCGCUGGCAUGCAUGCAAUGCAACUUCUGGAGGUGUGAAAACAAUCUGUAAGAUGGUUCCAAUAUGUACACUGAACGAAAAUAUAAACGCAACAUGUAAAGUGUUGGUCCCAUGUUUCAUGAGCUGAAAUAUAUGAUCCCAGAAAUGUUCCAUAAGCACAAAAAGCUUAUUACAUCCCUGUUAGUGAGCAUUUCUCCUUUGCCAAGAUAAUCCAUCCACCUGACAGGUGUGGCAUAUCAAGAAGCUGAUUAAACAGCAUGAUCAUUACACAGGUGAACCUUGUGCUGGGAACAAUAAAAGACAACUCUAAAAUGUGCAGUUCUGUCACACAACACAAUGCCACCAAUGUCUCAAGUGUUGAGGGAGCCUGCAAUUGGCAUGCUGACUGCAGGAAUGUCCACCAAAGCUGUUGCCAGAUAAUUUAAUGCUCAUUUCUCUACCAUAAGCCGCCUCCAAUGUCAUUUUAGAGAAUUUGGCAGUAUGUCCAAGUUCUAGGGCUGUGCCGGUGAUUGUCAAGCAAAUAACUGUAGGUCUCACUGUAAUUGACCAUUAAUUAACAUAAACACAUUUAGCAUCUCCUGGCUUCCACACAUUGCCUACAAGCCAUUUAAAAAAGUCUAAUAAAUCCAUGUAAUAUAGCCUACACCUUCACAAUAAAUCCCUUAUUUAUUUUAGACAGGUCUAAAGAAGCAUGAUAUGAAGAAAAUGUAGUCUAUUUCAGAAGAAAAGAAUAGCAUACUCUGAGUUGUCCUUAUGUUAGGUCCUGAUGUGGUUAUGCCAAAUGGCUGUGGGCUACACUAGUUCAUUUAGCAGACAAGAUUUGCUUAUAAUUCCAUGGCAUUUUUUUAUAUUAUUUUAUGGUAUGAAGAAUCCAAUUGAACAAAGCUGAAUAAAAUAUAAAUAUUUUCUCCAAAUGAUUUGAACGGUUAACAAAUAAAUAGGUACUCCUAUAUUCUUAAUUUAGAGUUAUUCAUGUAACUUUAGUUGUUCUACAAACGUUGGGCUGUAUGUUUUGAUUUUUAAUACAUUGUAAGGUUGCAUGAUGAGACUCUAAUGAUGGUUUGAAAAAGUUGCUUGAAAGCCAUGAGCUCUGCUUAGUUUUUUGCGCAGGCUGUACACACUCCAAUAGUCUCUCAUUCACAAUUUGACAAGCACUUGAUAAUGCCUCGAAUUUCACGGCGGCAUCCCCUUUGUGGCCAUAAUGCACCCUAAAAUAAUCCAUGCCUUUUGCGGCUGGGAGUGCUGCGUUGUGCCCUUCUCCCUGAGUGUGCUGCGCAAUCCGAAGCGUCUCUCACUCUCACCGCUCUCCGUCACUUGAUCGGGUCUUUCUCACAGGCUACAAGUUAAGACAGACACAUCGGGGACGCAACUGCGCGCAUCCUUAUCCAAUUCCGAGGUUUAUUGAAGAUAAACCGAGCAUAUUGAAGAUAUUGGAAGAACUGUCACUUACACAUUUACUUUUCGUCAGCCAACAAGAUGAGUAGGCCUAACAAACAGCAAAAGCACUAGCCUAUGUCAAUCUACUAUCCCCCAUAGUACAAAAGUUGACCUAUUCUAUUCUGUGCGAGAAAUAAAUAUGCCAAACAUAGUCUGGGACAGUUGUGGGAUGCGAUAGAUCCCAAAUUAAUACAACCACUAGCAUCAAAAAACAUUUUUUAUACAAUGUGGCUGACACAACAGAUCAGAAUGUUUAGCUUAAAAUGUUGAUAAACUAUUAGGCUAUUUCUUCACAUUAUAACGCAGCAAUGCGCACAUGGUAGUAGGCUAUAAGCGCGAAAGUUCCAUUAGCGGAAAACACCAUUAUCAAAAGUGACCGCAAAUGCAAUUAUGCAUGUAACGCUUUUAUUAUAAAGGUGCAUUUUUAUGGUGAAAAUGAUCUUCCCCAAACUUGAAACUCAUGCGCUGCUUAUAUAUGCCAGUUAGGCUCUACACCCCUUGUAAAGCGGAUUAAUGUGCCUAAUUUUAAGAAGUUAUUUGGCCACUUUAGUUGUGAUACAAACCUUAUUAAAACAUAUAGGUGUCACGGAUUCAGCCGAGGCUGCUCCUCCUCCUUGCUCGGGCAGGCUUCGGCGUUCGUCGUCCCCGGAGUACUAGCUACUGCCGAUCGAUGUUUCGGUGUUUGUCUUGUUUGGUCUUUAUUGUUUACACCUGUUUCCCAUUAUGUUGGAUUGUAUUCCCCAUAUUACCCCCUGUCUCUCAUUGGUUAUUGUGUGUGAUUGUUCUUUGUCAUUCCGGCAGUUGCUUUGGUGUACGGGUUAUUGUGUUUUCCUUCCUGUUUGGAGGUUUGUUGUUUUUGUACUUUUUUUACUGUGUUCAGUAAAAGUACGUUGCCAGCCGCUCUGUGUCCUGCGUUUGACUUCGCUGACCGCAUACACGUCGCGUGACAAUAGGCCUAUGGGCUAGGCUACAUGACGUGUGCGACUAUGAUUCGAACAAGUUGCCAAAAAAAAGGCAUUGUUUCUUAUGCUGGGCAUCAUUCACAAGUGAUAAUAUAUCAUUCACAAGUGAUAAGCUAAUAUUGUCACCCAUCAUACUAUUCUUGAUUUAAUCUUGUCUUUACAUAUACUAAAUAAUAUAUGUGUGAAAUUUGUUUUGAUUUAGAAUGGACCAUUAUCAUGCACCUGUAUCGAAACAGGGGCAGCGGAAAAAAAUACAUGUAAUCUAUGCACUUAAAUAGCGAAUGGAGGACGCUUUUCCCCAUGGUUUAUUUUCAAGCCAGCCAGGUAGGCUAUACUCCUGUUGUAAAUAUACGCAAUGUGCUUAAUAUUAGGAAAGUUGAGAAAUAAAUAUAGUAGACCUAGCCUAUAGAAAGCUGAUGGGAUCCUCCUCUUUUUAUUUGCGGCCAUCACUCUGUUUUCUCCUGCAAUUGCAUAGCCUAUAGAAAUGUUGCGCAACAUGAGCUCAUGGGCUCUCAUUAAGUGUUUGAUUAGAUUUAGAAUACAUUUGCAUUGAUUUCAGAGUGAUUAGAGGGACAAUAGACUGCUGAGUCCAAGGCAGUUAGCAAGUUUGGUAGGCUACUAAUGACCAGCAGCAGCAUCAGAGCUUGGAGAAGCCUAAUUACCGUGACUAAAAGGUAAUGUGGAAUUUGACUGCCUUCAUGACUCGUGACCACUGGUGUGGCGGUAAUACGUUCACAGCAACAGUCAGAAGCCAUCUCAAGGAAGCUCAUCUGCGUUCUUGUUGUCCUCACCAGUGUCUUGACCUGACUGUAGUACGGUGUCGUAACCGACUUCAGUGGGCAAAUGCUCACCUUUGAUGGCCGUUGGCAUGCUGGAGAAGUGUGCUCUUCAUGGAUGAAUCCCGGUUUCAACUGUACCAAGCAGAUGGCAGACAGCGUGUAUGGCAUUGUGUGGGUGAGCGGUUUGCUGAUGUCAACGUUGUGAACAGAGUGCCCCAUGGUGGCGGUGGGGUUAUGGUAUGGGCAGGCAUAAGCUACGGACAACGAACACAAAUGCACAGAGAUACCGUGACGAGAUCCUGAGGCCUAUUGUCAUGCCAUUCAUCCGCCGCCAUCACCUCAUGUUUCAGCAUGAUAAUGCACGGCCCCAUGUCGCAAGGAUCUGUACACAAUUCCUGGAAGCUGAACUGGCCUGCAUACUCACCAGACAUGUCACCUAUUGAGCAUGUUUGGGAUGCUCUGAAUCGACGUGUACGACAGCAUGUUCCAGUUCCUGCCAAUAUCCAGCAACUUUGCACAGCCAUAUUGAAGAGGAGUGGGACAACAUUCCACAGGCCACAAUCAACAGCCUGAUCAACUCUAUGUGAAGGAGAUGUGUCGCACUGCAUGAGGCAAAUGGUGGUCACACCAGAUACUGACUGGUUUUCUGAUCCACGCCCCUACCUUUUUUUUAAUGGUAUCUGUGAUCAACGGAUGCAGUUCUGUAUUCCCAGUCAUGUGAAAUCCAUAGAUUAUGGCCUAAUUAAUUUAUUUAAAUUGACUGAUUUCCUUACAUGAACUGUAACUCGGUAAAAUCUUUGGAAUUGUUGCAUGUUGCGUUUAUACUUUAGUUCAGUGUAUAUACAACUUCAUAUUUAGAAGCAGUAUAAAGUGGACAUUCUCCCAUUCUCUUUAUAUUGGAUCUUUGUCCAGCUACUGUGAGAGGUUUGGAUGUGCAUAAAACCUUCCAAUGAUGGUGCUUGUUAGUGUAUUUAGACAGACUUUAAAACAAGUUGUUGUUUAGAAUUUGAUUAGAAUUAUUCGCUCUCUUUUUAGGCCUUAUUAAUAAUGAAUUUAAUCUUGCUUAUUGACAACAUUUGGCAUGUCCAUGCUCAGCCAUAAUGCAAUUUACAGCAGGCCUAACCCCGAAUGCUAUGUAUAUAUUUCCACAUUGAAGCUAUGUAAUUACUUGGAACAAUGUGGACUGCAAACAGGUUCAAGUUAACAUAUUUAGCAAAGAUGAGAUAGGUCUACAUUUUGUUAUUUUGUUUCUGUACGCUGUUUAACAAACUAUAACGGACUAAAAUUGGAAUUGGAGUUGAUUCCAAGGCAAUACAUAAAAGACCGUAAAUACACAACUUGAAGCAACCACAUAUUUAGCCAUGAAGCACGUUCUGAUUGGCCAGCAAGCAGCCAAGCCUCGACACACCCACAACUUGUUCAUUCAUCAAAACCAAGCCCUUUCGCACCAACUGCGCCGUUAAUUGUGGUUGUGAAAAUAGCCAAAAUAUUUUAGACACACCCCAGAGCAUAUAGCGCUACCGCCAGCGCUUAGAUUGACCAUUGAGUUAGGUUUGUUAAAAUAGAGCCCAAUAUGUGAAGUGGUUAAAAUGAAGGAUGUCGAUCAUUUUUUAUAUAUAUCCUCUUUGAAAAUGUGUCGAAAGCAAUAUCUUGAAAUAAAUGUCUCUGUCAGCAACUAUCAAUUACUGUCUCUCAAGUGGUGUAGAUACGCAGGACUCAAACAUUUCCCAUUCAACUCUUCCACCAGGAUAAGAGGAAGCGCUACAGUAUGAUGCGUUCAAAUGACUCAGCCAGCUCCGUGUUCUACCACUCCCAAGAGGAGGACCCAGGGACGACUACAGGCUUCUCUGACGGUCAGGGAACCAACAGGGACAUACACACCAGCCCUCUGUUUGACUCCUACCAAGACUCCAUGUCAGAGAGCAGCCCUGGCCCCACAAAGCAUAACGCCAUGGGUAAGAAUCCAGAGGUUUGAGAUCAUCUCUGCAUUUCCACUGAUUUAAAUGUCAUUAUUGUUCAGCUUAUCCAAUGCACACAAUAACGAUCACCCAGUCAUGUUUAUUUGUGCACAAAAAUGAUUGUAAUCUUUUCACAAACCCAUAGGAAUGGACACUAAAACAUCACCUAGAAGACGUGCGUAUAGCACCAACCGGAUAGUGGACUACAACCCCAACAUGAAGAAGACCUACACUCCCAGUGACCCCAGCUCUGUAGAGGGGCAGAACCCGCUGAGGAGAGCUAAGGUCCAGGAGCUGAAUGGACAGACCAGCCCUGACUAUGGAGCACAGUGGAAGAAUGACUACCAGGUGAGUGCAGAGUCUUGUGGCACUGGCAACAGAUCUGUCUCUCGACUCUCUCGACUGGGGUUCGAUCCCUGUGUCCACUGUUCCUACUGUGUCUCUGUCUUCUUCAUCUAUCUACCACUCUACUUCUAACAUUUACAUUUACAUCAAUUAGCAGACGCUCUUAUCCAGAGCGACUUACAAAUUGGUGCAUUCAACUUAUGAUAGCAAGUCGCACAACCACUUAAAAAAAAAAAAAAUUAUGUAUGGGGGGUGGUGGGGGAGUGGGGGGGGGGGGGUAGAAGGAUUACUUUAUACUAUUCCAGGUAUUCCUUAAAGAGGUAGGGUUUCAAGUGUCUCCGGAAGGUGGUCAGUGACUCCGCUGUCCUGGCGUCGUGGGGAGCUUGUUCCACCAUUGGGGUGCCAGAGCAGCAAAUAGCUUUGACUGGACUGAGCGGGAACUGUGCUUCUGGAGAGGUAGGGGAGCUAGCAGGCCAGAGGUGGAUGAACACCUGAAGAACAAUGACAAUGAGGUGAAUUCUUCUAGAAAAUAGAAACAUGUAUAGAAUACAUUAAAAACAUGUCUUAAUAUGAUCCACAUGGUUCAUCAUUUCAAUCUUCAAAUGGAAUCAUUUAAGGACAGUUGAAUUUAUUAUUAGUUCUUAACCACACAAAAGCCAUUUGAGAACACCACAGAAUAUGUAAGACAUUGGAGCAAAUAUUAAUAUGCUUUCAUGGGGAAAGUAAGAACCAUUCUGAAAAAGGUUGGUUUUUACAGGUUGAUAGCUCAGCAUAAGGCGUUUUGGGUGUGCAUAUACACUGAUAUUAAAACCUAAACUCUCUUUCGUCUAUGCCAGCAGCAGGACAAUGAUAUUGUCCUUCCAAUAAAACAACCCAGGCAGUCAGUGUUGAUAUUGCAGUGGCGGUGGAGAAGUACUAACAGGGUGGGAGAAAGCUGUCUGACCCUGGGAUGAGUUGGAGUGUAAUCAAGAAUACAAAAUAAGAAGGUGCUCUCAUCACUAAUGAGGGCCACAAUCAUUUCACGAUUGACAAAUUUACGGUCUGAAAGUUGCCCGAAGAGUAUUGGCAUAAUCAAGACGAGGCUCACCUGUCUCUCACCUGUCUCUCACCUGUCUCUCCAUGGUGCCUGUCCUUGUACAAAUGAUUUACUUGGAAUUUGACAUUGAUCUGCAGACUGUGAUAGUUACCAGUACAAGAUUUGGUUCUGGGUGCUGAGAUUAUUGAUCUGCUUAUUAAGUCAAAACAGGUUUUAUGGUCAUCAACAGAAAGCAUAUAAAGAAAUAUAACAAAACAUUUGAUACAAAUUGACAUCAACUCAUUUAAAUUGUGGUGCAAGCGAUAUCAUAACAGAUAAUCAGAAUGUAUCUGCCGUUUUCCUUGAUUUAGUAAAAUCAGUGGAAAGAGCAAAUAUCCUUUCAACUUGAAUGGGCAGUGUGCAAAAGCACUACUCUGAUGACUGAGUCUAUCAUUACUCUGCAUGCAUACUGCAAUCACUGUAAUGCUCCUUAUUAUAACUUGAGUGAGCCACUUGGCUGAAUGGGUACAUUCGCAAUUAGCCAAUGGUCGGGUUCACAGUUGUGGGGAGUAAGUCAAUGGAUAUAUGGCAAUUAUUGUGGACAUAAAUGAACAAUGCAAUAAGGUUUAGUAAGAAUGUUUUUGGUCAUAGUGUUUCGCUAAACAUGGACCUUUAUGUCUAACCCCUGACAGCCACAGCUGGUGAGCCUGUGUGCCACAUCUGCCACGGACUCCAGAGGGCGCCCUACCAACGGUGCUUCUCACAGGCCCUCCCCCCAGCAGGAGGGGGCUCCCCAGGAGGCGGAGCCAGAGCAGGCCCAGUCCCCCGGCACCAAGCUGCAGACCAGAGCCACCAGGAGCUGGGCUGAUCCAGAGCACGCCCUAGGAGGAGCCAGGAGCACCGGUGGGGAGGACGGCUCGUCCUCCACUGGCCCAUCUGUAAGCAGCUUCGGAGACGCAGGUGGGUUCACAACCACAGCCCUCCCACUCACCCUAAAGAUCAUGGUAGACACAUACAGUCCCUCAAAUCUGAAUAUUCUCUUCAAGUAAAGUAGUUUUAAUGAUGGGUAGUUUUAAUGAUGGGUAUUAAUGAUGUGUAAUUAUCUGAUAAGCACAGUCAAUUCAAAUCAGCCUGACACUUGCAUUUAUGACUAGUAGUGACCUAAUAUAUUCAAAAACUGAUAUCCAGACAAACAGCCUAACUACUCCCUAUUGUUGUGUUACCAGACUGCUACCCCAAUCAGCUGUGUGAGAUAGAAACCCCCCAGGAGCCUCCAGCCACCCCAGACCUGACCUCAGCUCCUCAGGACAGGGAGGUAGUGAAGGGGUACUGUAAGGCUGUGGUGUCGGGCCUGCUCUGUGGGAAGCCAGUCAAGUGGGAGGUGACCUUUGACAUAGACCCCUACCUGAAGGGCAGAGAGCGGGAGGAGAAGGUUCACGAGGAACUCUGGAAUGAAACAUUCCAUCACCUGGCUGGACGUUCCAUCAUUCAGGACUUUGAGCACAUGGUAGAUCAGGAGUGUGAGAUUGAGCAUGGUACGUAAGAGAUGGGUAAUAUCUCAAUGCUCAAAUGAUAUAUUUUGGCGUGAUUGGUGUCUUAUCGUUUUGUUUUGGUAAUAGUUUGCUGUAUCAAAUAGUGACAACCUUGUGCUAAUGAAGAGGAUUUCAGGCGAGAAAUCAGAUAGAUAAAUCGGAUUUCUCCAAAUAUUUUUUAUAAUGGAAUUUAUGUAAAUCAUGAGAUGAUGAAGUGACAACAACAUGUGAUUUCUCAGGUUCUGGCAGAAGGUACCGGUUAUAUGCCAUUCACACCAGCAAGGCCUGUAACAUUCUCAGUAAAUACACUGCCUUUGUGCCCGUUGAUCUGGACACUAAUGAAUAUUUACAGACCUCUAUCGACUACAUCAACCCAGGUGAGACUGUCACGCCCUGACUCUGGGGACUCUUAUUUGUUGAGUCAGGGUGUGUAUUUUCUAUGUGGUGAUUGUCUAUGUUGUAUAUUCUAGUAUUUGUAUUUCUAUGUUGGCCGGUGUGGUUCCCAAUCAGAGGCAGCUGUCGCUCGUUGUCUCUGAUUGGGGACCAUACUUAGGCAGCCUAUUGGCACUAGUGGGUUGUGGGAUCUUGUUCCGUGUUAGGUAUGUUGUUUGUGUACCUUGGACUUCACGUUUCGUUUCUUGUUUUGUCGUUGUGUUUAAUAGUCAAAUAAACAUGUAUGCAUAUCACUCUGCGCCUUGGUCUGACCCGUUCAUGAACGAACGUGACAGAAGAUCCCACCAAACGAGGACCAAGCAGCGUGCCCAGGAAGAGCGAAUAGCCAUGUCCCAAGUGGGCAAAUUGUGGUCAUGGGAAGAGAUAUUCGCGGGGAAAGGGCCAUGGGCGAAGGUAGAUGUCCAGGCAGGAGAGGAGCAACGGCAACACAGAGGACGCCGGUCGAGGAGGAAGCCCAAGAGACAGCCCCAAUAACAUUUUUUGGGGGGCUAAAAGGGUGGUUGGCGGAGCCUAGUGUUAGAGCAGAGCCAACUCCCCGUACUCACGCGAGGAGGCGUUGUGACUGGGCAGUCUCCGUGUUAUGCGGAGCUACGUACUGUGUCGCCAGUGUGCCGGCACAGUCCUGUACGUCCUGUGCUAGCACCACGCACGUGCCGCGCGAAGAUGGGCAUCCAGCCAGGACGGGGUGUGCCGGCUCAACGCUCCUGGUCUCCAGUACACCUCCUCGGUCCCGCAUAUCCUGCGCCGGUUCUACGAGCUGUAUCGCCAGUACGCGUGCACAGCCCAGUGCGUCCUGUGCCAGCGCCCCGCACGUGUAGUGCGAAAGUGGGUAGCCAGCCAGGACGGGUUGUGCCAGCUCUCCGCUCCAGACCUCCAGUCCGCCUUCGCAGUCCGGCCCGGCCUGUUCCUGUUCUCGCACCAAGCCAGUGGUGCGCGUCGCCAGCCCGGUCCGGCCUGUUCCUGUCCCUCGCACCAAGCCAGUGGUGCGCGUCGCCAGCCCGGCCUGUUCCUGCUUCUCGCACCAAGCCAGUGGUGCGUGUCGCCAGUCCGGCCCGGCCUGUUCCUGCUCCUCGCACCAAGCCAGUGGUGCAUGUUCCUAGUCCAGUUCGGCCCGUGCCUGCUCCUCGCACCAGACCAGUGGUGAGUGUGUCCAGUCCGGGACGGCCUGUGCCCGUUCCACCGGUGCCUGGUCCGGCACCAGUCAGCAGCUCCAGUCCGGAGUCAGAGCAGUCCGCUCCACCAGUGCCUGAUCCAGCUCCGGUAAGCUGCUCCAGUCCGGAGCCAGAGCAAUCUGCUCCACCGGUGCCUGAUCCAGCUCCGGUCAGCGGCUCCACUCCGGAGCCAGAGCAGUCAGCUCCACCGGUGCCUGAUCCAGCUCCGGUCAGCGGCUCCACUCCGGAGCCAGAGCAGUCCGCUCCACCGGGGUCCAGUCCAGAUCCGGUCAGCGGCUCCACUCCGGAGCCAGAGCAGUCCGCUCCACCAGGGUCUAGUCCAGAUCCGGUCAGCGGCUCCAGUCCGGAGCCUGAGUAGUCCGCUCCACCGGUGCCCGGUCCAGCUCCGGUCAGCGGCUCCAGUCCAGACCCAGACGUCAGCCCCUCUCCUGGUUCGGGGUCUCCCACACCAGGGUCCAGACAGGGCUUGGAGUAUAGUGGGAGGAAGGAGAGGGGAAGCAGCGCGCCGAGGUCCAGACCAGACCAGGGGCGCAACAGGGAGGCGGAGAAUAGGUGGUGGUCACGCCCGGAGCCGGAUCCGCCUCCGAGGCGGAAUGCCCACCCGGCCCCUACCCUGUUAAGUAAAGGUUGUGCGGUCGGAGUCCGCACCUUUGGGGGGGGGGGGGGGGGGGGGUACUGUCACGCCCUGACUCUGGGGACUCUUAUUUGUUGAGUCAGGGUGUGUAUUUUCUAUGUGGUAAUUGUCUAUGUUGUAUAUUCUAGUAUUUGUAUUUCUAUGUUGGCCGGUGUGGUUCCCAAUCAGAGGCAGCUGUCGCUCGUUGUCUCUGAUUAGGGACCAUACUUAGGCAGCCUAUUGGCACUAGUGGGUUGUGGGAUCUUGUUCCGUGUUAGGUAUGUUGUUUGUGUACCUUGGACUUCACGUUUCGUUUCGUCGUCGUUGUGUUUAAUAGUCAAAUAAACAUGUAUGCAUAUCACGCUGCGCCUUGGUCUGACCCGUUCAUGAACGAACGUGACAGAGACACUCCUGUUCAUGGUAUGCAUACAUUCACAUUGUAUGGCAGGGAGUUUUUUUUAAAUAUUUUGUAUCCAUUGUCAUGACACUUCUGACCUUUAUUAACGAUAACGUAACUUUGUCCUUUAAUACUACAAAAGGGUAGCGUUCUAUGACCUUCUUUACAUUGUUGGUCAGGAAAUACAUUAUAUCUGUGUUGAAAGCUGCUGUUGGGUGUUUCAGGUGAGGGUCUGAAGAGGGGCUCUCACACCAGUUCUCGCUCUGGGAACAGGAAGAACCGGGGUUACUCCAUCGGACUGGGACGCUCCCAGUCUGGCUGCAUGUCAGAGGAGGACGGACACCUGCCCACCAGUAAGACCUUCACCAUACUACAUACUCAUAAAGAUUUGUAUGUGAGAGGAAGAAUGUUUGAAAAUGUGUGACAAGUGAUAGUUUGAAGAGGUCAUACGCCUGCCAAACAGAGAGAUCUGACAGGUUUUAAUAUCCAUAUGCUUUGAAUGUUUUACACAUAUAGUAAACUGUUCAUGUUGUCCACAGUGAUACUUUUCAAAUGGCAUUGACCUAUCUUUUUGGUGUGUUAUAGGUGUGGAAGAUUGUGCCUCUCCAUGCAGCACCCCCUCAUCCUCUGGCUGGGAAAGAUGCAGCUUUACAGAUGGUGAGUUUUUAUCUGUCCUGUUUUGCUUUCGAGGAAAACUACUUCCAUAUCGAGCAAAUUAUAUGAAUGUCUUCCUUCAACUGAGAAAAGCCCAUUUGUUUUCUUAUGGUCUACAUUGAUAACGUCUAAUCAACACACACACACAUACACAGCUGCUAGAUUGUGUGUGUCCUCUGCUGUGGCUGCCAGGCCUCUAUGGGUGUCUUUUAUCUGUGAUGUCUGUGGCGGUGUCGUGUGGAGUGGAGUCUUGAGCUCAGGGGAGAGAGAAAAUAGCUAAAUGGAAAACUAGUGUGCCCCGUCUCUCUCUCUCUCUCUCUCUCUCUCUCUCUCUCUCUCUCUCAGACUCUCAGAGAAACCUGUCGGUGACCUCAGACCAGAAGUCGGUGGAGAGCCUCUUCUCAGCCAAGUGGGUGAUGGAGAGGGCCAGGCUGGAGACUGUCAGGGACAAUAACAUACUAACUGUACCGCUAGUGCUGUCUCAUGGCCAACUGAUAAUAGAAAAUGGGGACAGCGGAGUGGUUUUCAAUUCACUGAGUUACAUUGUUUUGUGUAAUCGGCAUACAUAAUACACUUUUGCAGUUAUAAUGAUUGUUUGUAUGAUGAGAUGUUACUUAGUGACCAACUAGAUCUAAUUUUAACUUCCUGUUACUAUACAGUGUGCUCCAAAAUUAUUAGGACAGUGACACAUUUUUUGUGGUUUUGGCUCUGUACGGUCGUGGUCAAAAGUUUUGAGAAUGACACAAAUACUAAUUUUCACAAAGUCUGAUGCCUCAGUUUUGAUGAUGGCAAUUUGCAUAUACUCCAGAAUGUCAUGAAGAGUGAUCAGAUGAAUUGCAAUUAAUUGUCCCUAUUUGCCAUGAAAAUGAACUUAAUCCCAAAAAAACAUUUCCACUGCAUUUCAGCCCUGCCACAAAAGGACCAGCUGCCAUCAUGUCAGUGAUUCUCUCGUUAACACAGAUGAGAGUGUUGACGAGGACAAGGCUGGAGAUCACUCUGUCAUGCUGAUUGAGUUAGAAUAACAGACUGGAAGCUUUAAAAGGAGGGUGGUGCUUGAAAUCAUUGUUCUUCCUCUGUUAACCAUGGUUACCUGCAAGGAAACACGUGCUGUCAUCAUUGCUUUGCACAAAAAGGGCUUCACAGGCAAGGAUAUUGCUGCUAGUAAGAUUGCACCUAAAUCAACCAUUUAUCGGAUCAUCAAGAACUUCAAGGAGAGAGGUUCAAUUGUUGUGAAGAAGGCAUCAGGGCGCCCAAGAAAGUCCAGCAAGCGCCAGGACAGUCUCCUAAAGUUGAUUCAGCUGCGGGAUCGGGGCACCACCAGUGCAGAGCUUGCUCAGGAAUGGCAGCAGGCAGGUGUGAGUGCAUCUGCACGCACAGUGAGGCGAAGACUUUUGGAGGAUGGCCUGUUGUCAAGAAGGGCAGCAAAGAAGCCACUUCUCUCCAGGAAGAACAUCAGGGACAGACUGAUAUUCUGCAAAAGGUACAGGGAUUGGACUUCUGAGGACUGGUUUAAAGUCAUUUUCUCUGAUGAAUCCCCUUUCCGAUUGUUUGGGGCAUCCGGAAAACACCUUGUCCGGGGGAAGACAAGGUGAGCGCUACCAUCAGUCCUGUGUCAUGCCAACAGUAAAGCAUCCUGAGACCAUUCAUGUGUGGGGUUGCUUCUCAGCCAAGGGAGUGGGCUCACUCACAAUUUUGCCUAAGAACACAGCCAUGAAUAAAGAAUGGUACCAACACAUCCUCAGAGAGCAACUUCUCCCAACCAUCCAAGAACAGUUUGGUGACGACCAAUGCCUUUUCCAACAUGAUGGAGCACCUUGCCAUAAGGCAAAAGUGAUAACUAAGUGGCUCGGGGAACAAAACAUCGAAACUUUUGACCACGACUGUACUCCAGCACUUUGCAUUUGAAAUGAUACAAUGACUAUGAGGUUAAAGUGCAGACUGUCAUUUUUGACUACUUUAAUACACAUAUAAGUGAAUUUGUCCCAAUACUUUUGGUCCCCUAAAAUGGGGGGUUAUGCACCUGAUAUGAAUGAAAAUACCCUAAAAUUAAAGCUCAGUCUGCACUGUCAGCUUACAUUCUGGAGAGGGUACAUGAUAGGUUUAGUGACCACAAGUGUAUUGUUAUUUAUUAUAACAGAGGGUUUUGUGAUGCAAUCUCCACAGCAUAAAGUCAUCCAUAAGAUGUCUCUUAUGUUAGAACAGCUAUAAAAUAUCUAAAACUCUAUAAGUGACUGUUGAGCUACACAUCAAUUUUAGAUACUUUUAGAUGAAGCACGAAAAAUGUGAAUGUACAGUGCCUUCGGAAAGUAUUCAGACCGCUUGAUUUUUUCCACAUUACUUACGUUGCUGCCUUAUUCUAAAAUGGAUUAAAUAAAUAAAAAAUCAUUAGCAAUCUACACACAAUACCUCAUAAUGACAAAGUGAAAACAGUUUUUUAGAAAAUGUUGCACAUUUAUAAAAAAUUUAAAACAGAAAUACCUUAUUUACAUAAGUAUUCAGACCCUUUGCUAUGAGACUCGAAACUGAGCUCAGGUGCAUCCUGUUUCCAUUGAUCAUCCUUGAGAUGUUUCUACAACUUGAUUGGAGUCCACCUGUGGUAAAUUCAAUUGAUUGGACAUGAUUUGGAAAGGCACACACCUGUCUAUAUAAGGUCCCACAGUUGACAGUGCAUGUCAGAGCAAAAAACCAAGCCAUGAGGUCGAAGGAAUUGUCCGUAGAGCUCCGAGACAGGAUUGUGUCAAGGCACAGAUCUGGGGAAGGGUACCAGAUACUUAUGUAAAUGUGAUAUUUCCGUUUUUUAAUUUUUAUAAAUUAGCAAAAUAAUCUAAAAACCUGUUUUGGCUUUGUCAUUAUGGGGUAUUGUGUGUAGAUACAUUUUAGAAUAAGGCUGUAACGUAACAAAAUGUGUAAAAGAUCAAGGGGUCUGAAUACUUUCCAAAGGCACUGUAGGUAUCAUUGACUUGCAUUGGAUUUUGCAUUGGAUUUGUGCCACAGUGAUUGCGGAUGAUGUCACCAAGGGGAAGCAUGUACAGGGGAAACGUCUGCAUAGAUAUGACCUGAACCAGUCGAAGGCAACGCCGGAGAUUCACAUCCACCUCUCCUGCUGGUCAACAAGGAUGUUACAGUAUAAUCAAUAGUAUAAAAUGCGGCACUGAGAUCCAAAAUAACUAGAAUAUAUUUCACACCGGCAUCGGCAGCCAACAGAAGGUCAUUACUGACUUUCAAUAAAUCAGUUUCUGUGCUGUGAAGUGAGUGGAAGCCCGACUGGUAUUUUUCAAAUAAGUUGUUCAUAAUCAAACAAGCCACCAUUUGCUUGAAAACAACUUUUUCAAAAACCUUGGAUAAAAAAAGAAGUUUAGAGUGAGGUCUAUAAUUACUCAGUGAGGAGGGAGAGCUUUAACAACACAGCUCAACAGACUCCUUUAUAUAGCUCCUUUCUUCACCUCACCCCUAUAUCACCUUUAUCUCUCAGGCACCCAUUACCACUCAGGUGCUUUGGUCCACUAGGCACCAUUCAUGCAUUGCUCAGUGUGAGGAAAAAUUCUCAUUGACCACUUAUCCUGGAGCGUACUUUUUGUUGUUGUGAAAUGACAAACGGAAGAGGGAUUUGGUGUUUAUUGAGUUCAGUUGUUAUUUUAUUCAGCUAUAGGUAUGUGCUGAGAAUGGCAGGGUUAUGGUAGGACCAUAAUAAGGGCUGUGAAUGCUCCUUUAUGUCGCAGAGAAAUUCCAAUGUACAGUGGGGAGAACAAGUAUUUGAUACACUGCCGAUUUUGCAGGUUUUCCUACUUACAAAGCAUGUAGAGGUCUGUAAUUUUUAUCAUAGGUACACUUCAACUGUGAGAGACGGAAUCUAAAAUAAAAAUCCAGAAAUUCACAUUGUAUGAUUUUUAAGAAAUUAAUUUGCAUUUUAUUGAAUGACAUAAGUAUUUGAUCACCUACCAACCAGUAAGAAUUCCGGCUCUCACAGACCUGUUAGUUUUUCUUUAAGAAGCCCUCCUGUUCUCCACUCAUUACCUGUAUUAACUGCACCUGUUUGAACUUGUUACCUGUAUAAAAGACACCUGUCCACACACUCAAUCAAACAGACUCCAACCUCUCCACAAUGGCCAAGACCAGAGAGCUGUGUAAGGACAUCAGGGAUAAAAUUGUAGACCUGCACAAGGCUGGGAUGGGCUACAGGACAAUAGGCAAGCAGCUUGGUGAGACGGCAACAACUGUUGGCGCAAUUAUUGGAAGAAUAAUUGCGCCAACAGAAAAUGGAAGAAGUUCAAGAUGACGGUCAAUCACCCUCGGUCUGGGGCUCCAUGCAAGAUCUCACCUCGUGGGGCAUCAAUGAUCAUGAGGAAGGUGAGGGAUCAGCCCAGAACUACACGGCAGGACCUGGUCAAUGACCUGAAGAGAGCUGGGACCACAGUCUCAAAGAAAACCAUUAGUAACACACUACGCCGUCAUGGAUUAAAAUCCUGCAGCGCACGCAAGGUCCCCCUGCUCAAGCCAGCGCAUGUCCAGGCCCGUCUGAAGUUUGCCAAUGACCAUCUGGAUGAUCCAGAGGAGUAAUGGGAGAAGGUCAUGUGGUCUGAUGAGACAAAAAUAUAGCUUUUUGGUCUAAACUCCACUCGCCGUGUUUGGAGGAAGAAGAAGGAUGAGUACAACCCCAAGAACACCAUCCCAACCGUGAAGCAUGGAGGUGGAAACAUCAUUCUUUGGGGAUGCUUUUCUGCAAAGGGGACAGGACGACUGCACCGUAUUGAGGGGAGGAUGGAUGGGGCCAUGUUUCGCGAGAUCUUGGCCAACAACCUCCUUCCCUCAGUAAGAGCAUUGAAGAUGGGUCGUGGCUGGGUCUUCCAGCAUGACAACGACCCGAAACACACAGCCAGCGCAACUAAGGAGUGGCUCCGUAAGAAGCAUCUCAAGGUCCUGGAGUGGCCUAGCCAGUCUCCAGACCUGAACCCAAUAGAAAAUCUUUGGAGGGAGCUGAAAGUCCGUAUUGCCCAGCGACAGCCCCAAAACCUGAAGGAUCUGGAGAAGGUCUGUAUGGAGCAGUGGGCCAAAAUCCCUGCUGCAGUGUGUGCAAACCUGGUCAAGACCUACAGGAAAUGUAUGAUCUCUGUAAUUGCAAACAAAGGUUUCUGUACCAAAUAUUACUUAUGUCAUGCAAUAAAAUGCAAAUUAAUUAAUUCCUACUACAUGCUUUGUAAGUAGGAAAACCUGCAAAAUCGGCAGUGUAUCAAAUACUUGUUCUCCCCACUGUAUGUACUUGUACUCACAAAUGUAAUGAAUGAAACUUCAAGUUGAACUCGAGGUGCUGCAUCCCUCUCCUCUCCUCUACAGGCUGACUCUCAACCGGACGAGACUCCUGACCCGGGCCGCCAGGAGCUUCAUGUUUCGCUCACACAGCAAAACCAGCGACUCCGUGGGGGAGAGUGAGAACGAGAACAAAGACUACAUUCCUCUGGUGCGUUGCUGCACAUGUGCACCAUUAGUUCUAGAUAAAAGACCGUUCACUGGAUCUAAAUACAAUCAACUGCCAAUACUUUCUACAUGGUUUUUCAGAAGGGUUGCUGUAAUUCACCAGUGACAAAAGGGCAUGUUUUUGAAAAUAUAAAUGUUAAAUGAUAAACGGGGCAUACUUGAACUAGUCAGUAAAGAUAUAAAGGAGGUGAAGGAGCCUCGAGAUGAGUGACGAAAAAGCUGUGACAAUGGAGAAAGAAAGAAACAAGCUAAAAGGUACAGUCAAUACUAUUGAAACUGACGUUAAAUAACUUAAAAAUGUUCCUGAGAGAAGCCUUACUUGAAAUACAGACUAGAUCUAUGAGAGAAAAUCUGUUACUUACUGGUAUCAAAGAAAAUGAGGGUAAAGAUCCUAAGCUGUAGUAAAAUAAUUCUUAAAGCGCUACAGAUCCCAGGCGAUACUGUCGACAAAAUCAAACUCGAACGUGUACAUCAUUUCGUACAGAGAGGACAGAGAUAUGAGGCGCCCAAUCAUUGACAAAUGUGCAUUCUUUAAAAAUAAAAUAAUGUUUAAAAGACUGGGCAAAAGACCCGCUAGCACGAAAAUAGUCAUGAAUGAUCAGUUCCCGAAGGAAAUUGCAGAAUGGCCAAAGUUCUGUAUCCACUCUUUAAGGUGAAUAGAUUAAAAGGGAAACGUGUAGUUCUUGUUGUCGAUAAACUGUAUAUUGAUAACCAACUGUUCCGAGACACCAUGACUACUCCAUGGCUAUUCUAAAUAUUUCAAAGUUCCCAUAGAAGAGUAAAAUAAUGGAACACCCAAUACUAACCAUAGUAGGGAUUUUUUUGGUGAGGAAAAACAAUAAAAUACAGCAAUUGAUAAAGAACACUAUACCGUUCAAGAUAGGGAAUGUUGUAAAAUAAUUAGUAUUCGACUUUCUAUUUAUAGUAUACAGUGGGGGAAAAAAGUAUUUAGUCAGCCACCAAUUGUGCAAGUUCUCCCACUUAAAAAGAUGAGAGAGGCCUGUAAUUUUCAUCAUAGGUACACGUCAACUAUGACAGACAAUCCAGAAAAUCCAGAAAAUCACAUUGUAGGAUUUUUAAAGAAUUUAUUUGCAAAUUAUGGUGGAAAAUAAGUAUUUGGUCACCUACAAACAAGCAAGAUUUCUGGCUCUCACAGACCUGUAACUUCUUCUUUAAGAGGCUCCUCUGUCCUCCACUUGUUACCUGUAUUAAUGGCACCUGUUUGAACUUGUUAUCAGUAUAAAAGACACCUGUCCACAACCUCAAACAGUCACACUCCAAACUCCACUAUGGCCAAGACCAAAGAGCUGUCAAAGGACACCAGAAACAAAAUUGUAGACCUGCACCAGGCUGGGAAGACUGAAUCUGCAAUAGGUAAGCAGCUUGGUUUGAAGAAAUCAACUGUGGGAGCAAUUAUUAGGAAAUGGAAGACAUACAAGACCACUGAUAAUCUCCCUCGAUCUGGGGCUCCACGCAAGAUCUCACCCCGUGGGGUCAAAAUGAUCACAAGAACGGUGAGCAAAAAUCCCAGAACCACACGGGGGGACCUAGUGAAUGACCUGCAGAGAGCUGGGACCAAAGUAACAAAGCCUACCAUCAGUAACACACUACGCCGCCAGGGACUCAAAUCCUGCAGUGCAGACGUGUCCCCCUGCUUAAGCCAGUACAUGUCCAGGCCCGUCUGAAGUUUGCUAGAGUGCAUUUGGAUGAUCCAGAAGAGGAUUGGGAGAAUGUCAUAUGGUCAGAUGAAACCAAAAUAGAACUUGUUGGUAAAAACUCAACUCGUCGUGUUUGGUGGACAAAGAAUGCUGAGUUGCAUCCAAAGAACACCAUACCUACUGUGAAGCACGGGGGUGGAAACAUCAUGCUUUGGGGCUGUUUUUCUGCAAAGGGACCAGGACGACUGAUCCGUGUAAAGGAAAGAAUGAAUGGGGCCAUGUAUCGUGAGAUUUUGAGUGAAAACCUCCUUCCAUCAGCAAGGGCAUUGAAGAUGAAACGUGGCUGGGUCUUUCAGCAUGACAAUGAUCCCAAACACACCGCCCGGGCAACGAAGGAGUGGCUUCGUAAGAAGCAUUUCAAGGUCCUGGAGUGGCCUAGCCAGUCUCCAGAUCUCAACCCCAUAGAAAAUCUUUGGAGGGAGUUGAAAGUCUGUGUUGCCCAGUGACAGCCCCAAAACAUCAGUGCUCUAGAGGAGAUCUGCAUGGAGGAAUGGGCCAAAAUACCAGCAACAGUGUGUGAAAACCUUGUGAAGACUUACAGAAAACGUUUGACCUGUGUCAUUGCCAACAAAGGGUAUAUAACAAAGUAUUGAGAAACUUUUGUUAUUGACCAAAUACUUAUUUUCCACCAUAAUUUGCAAAUAAAUUCAUAAAAAAUCCUACAAUGUGAUUUUCUGGAUUUUUUCCCCUCAUUUUGUCUGUCAUAGUUGACGUGUACCUAUGAUGAAAAUUACAGGCCUCCCUCAUCUUUUUAAGUGGGAGAACUUGCAAAAUUGGUGUUUGACUAAAUACUUUUUUUCCCCACUGUAUAUAAAUAGAUAAAAGACAGCAUUAGAAGAUAAUAACACAAAAGUAUGCAAAAGCCUGAAAUUAAGUUGUAAUCAACAUGAUAGCAAACAGCAAACACAGCAAACAGAGGACAUAGAAGGCACAGUAUGUGGGUAUGUGCGGGUGUAUUGUGAUGGAAGGUGGGGUGUGUGUUUUUGUGUUUGGAAAAGUGUGGAGGUAAGUGAGUGAAAAAGGAAAAUGGUUGCAAAUACCAGAGCCCAUGUGUGUCUGCGAGCAGGAGUUGUGACAGAGAGAGUUUUCAAUUUUGUACAGAUAUAUGAUAUACAUUUAAAAUAAAUUAUAAAUAUAGUUUAUUUAUUUAUUGUCCUGUCAUGAUGGAACGGUCCCCAACCCUAUACCCGAGACACCCACCUGAGCGACCCAUACACUAAGGAGAAGUCCUUAUCUGUUUGAUAGGCCUACUGCAAGUAGCCUAUAUGCAGCCAAGACAGAAAGAUAAAUGCGGUCAGAGACCCACUAAAGCAGCACUGCCCCCUCAAGAUUCUGAGCCUGCCUGGCAGGGUUGGUCUUACAAAGCCAAAGCCCCCGAAUGGGUGAGCAUAAUAUACAAGGAAUUUCUCAGAGUUGCUAAUGGCGACCUUGUACCUAGCCGGUGGGAAUUCCGGUGGGGUGUCCCCACCCAGGUAGUGGCAGUACUGGCAACACUAGCUGCAGUAACCCAUGGGGAGGGGGUCACAACUCGGACAAUCAGAGAGGGGGCAAAUUAUUGUGGCCCUGGUGGCACAAAAUAAUAAAAGGUCUGACUGCACAGAGAUGCUUGGGAAAAUGGUCACAACGGGGGACCAGCAUGUGUGUGUUUCAGGGGAAAGGGGUGUAACUGAGCUCCAUCAGCUAGGACUUGACAUUGGUUAAUCAAAUCUCCCCUUUUUUGCUCAAUUUUGCACGCCUCUCAAACCGCUACAACUGUAUGUGCAUUCACACAUCAAGUCCUUUCUUGAGUUGGGCUCGGAGAUGGCACAACUGUUGAACAUCUGAGAUUGUGAUUGUUUGUGGGGGAAGGGUGGGGAGUGUGUGUGUGAAUGUAUCCCACAUGUGUUGCUAUGGAGUAAUGAUGUUAAAGACAGUAUAGGAUGAAUCACAAUAAUUAUUUGCCAAAAUAAUAAUUGCUUGCCAAAAAUGUAAUUUUUGUAAUGGCAAUCCUGGUUAUAGGUAACAAUCCUUAGCAUGAACUGCAUACAUUAUUAUGCAUAUCAUUAGUUAAUUGUGGAAAUAAAUUAAUAUCAAAUCAAAUCACAUUUUAUUUGCCACAUGCGCCGAAUACAACAGGUGUAGACAGUACAGAGAAAUGCUUACUUACAAGCCCUUAACCAACAAUGCAUAAAACAUAUUUUUUUUAAAGUGUUAAGUAAAAAAAUAAAAGCAAAUAACUAAAGAGCAGCAGUAAAAUAAAAUAACAGUAGGGAGGCUACAGUGUGGGAAAAAAGUAUUUGAUCCCCUGCUGAUUUUGUACGUUUGCCCACUGACAAAGACAUGAUCAGUCUAUAAUUUUUAUGGUAUGUUUAUUUGAACAGUGAGAGACAGAAUAGCAACAAAAUAAUCCAUAAAAACGCAUGUAAAAAAUGUUAUAAAUUGAUUUGCAUUUUAAUGAGGGAAAUAAGUAUUUGACCCCUCUGCAAAACAUUACUUAGUACUUGGUGGCAAAACCCUUGUUGGCAAUCACAGAGGUCAGAUGUUUCUUGUAGUUGGCCACCAGGUUUCCACACAUCUCAGGAGGGAUUUUGUUCCACUCCUCUUUGAAGAUCUUCUCCAAGUCAUUAAGGUUUCGAGGCUGACGUUUGGCAACUCGAACCUUCAGCUCACUUCACAGAUUUUCUAUGGGAUUAAGGUCUGCAGACUGGCUAGUCCACUCCAGGACCUUAAUGUGCUUCUUAUUGAGCCACUCAUUUGUUGCCUUGGCCGUGUGUUUUGGGUCAUUAUCAUGCUGGAAUACCCAUCCAUGACCCAUUUUCAAUGCCCUGGCUGAGGGAAGGAGGUUCUCACCCAAGAUUUGACGGUACAUGGCCCUGUCCAUCAUCCCUUUGAUGCGGUGAAGUUGUCCUGUCCCCUUAGCAGAAAAACACCCCCAAAGCAUAAUGUUUCCACCUCCAUGUUUGACGGUGGGAUGGUGUUCUUGGGGUCAUAGGCAGAAUUCCUCCUCCUCCAAACACGGCGAGUUGAGUUGAUACCAAAGAGCUCGAUUUUGGUCUCAUCUGACCACAACACUUUCACCCAGUUCUCCUCUGAAUCAUUCAGAUGUUUAUUGGCAAACUUCAGACGGCCCUGUAUAUGUGCUUUCUUGAGUAGGGGGACCUUGCGGGCGCUGCAGGAUUUCAGUCCUUCACGGCGUAGUGUGUUAUCAAUUGUUUUCUUGGUGACUAUGGUCCCAGCUGCCUUGAGAUCAUUGCCAAGAUCCUCCCGUGUAGUUCUGGGCUGAUUCCUCACCGUUCUCAAUGUCAUUGCAACUCCACGAGGUGAGAUCUUGCAUGGAGCCCCAGGCCGAGGGAGAUUGACAGUUAUUUUGUGUUUCUUCCAUUUGCGAAUAAUCGCACCAACUGUUGUCACCUUCUCACCAAGCUGCUUGGCGAUGGUCUUGUAGCCCAUUCCAGCCUUGUGUAGGUCUACAAUCUUGUCCCUGACAUCCUUGGAGAGCUCUUUGAUCUUGGCCAUGGUGGAGAGUUUGGAAUCUGAUUGAUUGAUUGCUUCUGUGGACAGGUGUCUUUUAUACAGGUAACAAACUAAGAUUAUGACCACUCCCUUUAAGAGUGUGCUCCUAAUCUCAGCUCGUUACCUGUAUAAAAGACACCUGGGAGCCAGAAAUCUUUCUGAUUGAGAGGGGGUCAAAUACUUAUUUCCCUCAUUAAAAUGCAAAUCAAUUUGUAAUAUUUUUGACAUGCGUUUUUCUGGAUUUUGUUGUUGUUAUUCUGUCUCUCACUGUUCAAAUAAACCUACCGUUAAAAUUAUAGACUGAUCAUUUCUUUGUCAGUGGGCAAACGAACAAAAUCAGCAGGGGAUCAAAUACACUGCUUAAAAAAAUAAAGGGAACACUUAUCCCCGAGCCGACUAGGUGAAAAAUCUGUCGAUGUGCCCUUGAGCAAGGCACUUAACCCUAAUUGCUCCUGUAAGUCGCUCUGGAUAAGAGCGUCUGCUAAAUGACCAAUUAUUAUUUAUUAUUUAAACAACACAAUGUAACUCCAAGUCAAUCACACUUCUGUGAAAUCAAACUGUCCACUUAGGAAGCAACACUGAUUGACAAUACAUUUCACAUGCUGUUGUGCAAAUGGAAUAGACAACAGGUGGAAAUUAUAGGCAAUUAGCAAGACACCCCCAAUAAAGGACUGGUUUUGCAGGUGGUGACCACAGACCACUUCUCAGUUCCUAUGCUUCCUGGCUGAUGUUUUGGUCACUUUUGAAUGCUGGCAGUGCUUUCACUCUAGUGGUAGCAUGAGACAGAGUCUACAACCCACACAAGUGGCUCAGGUAGUGCAGCUCAUCCAGGAUGGCACAUCAAUGCGAGCUGUGGCAAGAAGGUUUGCUGUGUCUGUCAGCGUAGUGUCCAGAGCAUGGAGGCGCAACCAGGAGACAGGCCAGUACAUUUUAAAAAAUACUUUAUUUCACCUUUAUUUAACCAGGUAAGCCAGUUGAGAACAGGUUCUCAUUUACAACUGCGACCUGGCCAAGAUAAAGCAAAGUAGUGCAAUAAAAAACAACACAGAGUUACAUAUGGGGUAAAAAACAUAAAGUCAGAAAUACAACAGAAAAUAUAUAUACAGUGUGUGCAAAUGUAGCAAGUUAUGGAGGUAAGGCAAUAAAUAGGCUAUAGUGCAGAAUAAUUACAAUAGUAUUAACACUGGAAUGCUAGAUGUGCAAGAGAUUAUGUGCAAAUAGAGAUACUGGGGUGCAAAAGAGCAAAAUAAAUAACAAUAUAGGGAUGAGGUAGUUGGGUGGGCUAAUUUCAGAUGGGCUGUGUACAUCAGGAGACGUGGAGGAGGCCGUAGGAGGGCAACAACCCAGCAGCAGGACUGCUACCUCCGCCUUUGUGCAAGGAGGAGCAGGAGGAGCACUGCCAGAGCCCUGCAAAAUUACCUCCAGCAGGCCACAAAUGUGCAUGUGUCUGCUCAAACGGUCAGAAACAGACUCCAUGAGGGUGGUAUGAGGGCCCGACGUCCACAGGUGGGGGUUGUGCUUUCAGCCCAACACCGUGCAGGACGUUUGGCAUUUGCCAGAGAACACCAAGAUUGGCAAAUUCGCCACUGGCGCCCUGUGCUCUUCACAGAUGAAAGCAGGUUAACACUGAGCACGUGACAGACGUGACAGAGUCUGGAGACGCCGUGGAGAACGUUCUGCUGCCUGCAACAUCCUCCAGCAUGACCGGUUUGGCGGUGGGUCAGUCAUGGUGUGGGGUGGCAUUUCUUUGGGGGGCCGCACAGCCCUCCAUGUGCUCGCCAGAGGUAGCCUGACUGCCAUUAGGUACCGAGAUGAGAUCCUCAGACCCCUUGUGAGACCAUAUGCUGGUGCGGUUGGCCCUGGGUUCCUCCUAAUGCAAGACAAUGCUAGACCUCAUGUGGCUGGAGUGUGUCAGCAGUUCCUGCAAGAGGAAGGCAUUGAUGCUAUGGACUGGCCCGCCCGUUCCCCAGACCUGAAUCCAAUUGAGCACAUCUGGGACAUCAUGUCUCGCUCCAUCCACCAACGCCACGUUGCACCACAGACUGUCCAGGAGUUGGCGGAUGCUUUAGUCCAGGUCUGGGAGGGGAUCCCUCAGGAGACCAUCCGCCACCUCAUCAGGAGCAUGCCCAGGCGUUGUAGGGAGGUCAUACAGGCACGUGGAGGCCACACACACUACUGAGCCUCAUUUUGACUUGUUUUAAGGACAUUACAUCAAAGUUGGAUCAGCCUGUAGUGUGGUUUUCCACUUUAAUUUUGAGGGUGACUCCAAAUCCAGAACUCCAUGGGUUGAUAAAUUUGAUUUCCAUUGAUAAUUUUUGUGUGAUUUUGUUGUCAGCACAUUCAACUAUGUAAAGAAAAAAGUAUUUAAUAAGAUUAUUUCAUUCAUUCAGAUCUAGGAUGUGUUAUUUUAGUGUUCCCUUUAUUUUUUUGAGCAGUGUAUAUAUAUAUAUAAUAAGGAUUAUCCAUGCUUUGAAAAUAUAUAUAAUAAUUUGUCAAGCCUACAAGCAAUACAAGACUCUAUUAUUAUGAUGGGAGAUUAUAAUACAGUUUUAAAUACCUCAAUGGACAGUAAAGGAAAUAACACUACAAACUAUCACCCUCAUGCACUUAAGGAAAUUUUGGUCGCAGGUUCAGGAAUGGCUGAAGAAUUGCAACAUUUACCUGGAGCUAACUCUGCAAAUAGCACUGCUGGGUGAUUUGAAAAGUCAUAGUCAAUCGAUCAUAAUAUAAUAUUUUUUAGCAAAAAUGUUGAUCUUUAAUUGACAAUCUGUAGAAACUAUGAGAAUAGAAAGGUUCAGAACUUUUGUGAAACAUCAUCACAGCACAGUUGAAAAAUAUAAAAACUGGAUGUUCUUCAGAGAUAGAUGGGAGGGGUUGAGUGUAGCUGAAGGAUGGGAAAAAAAAGAUAUGUUUCACUACUUUUAUUAAUCUCCCUCUCUCUGGUACAGGUGUCCUUACAGUUUGCAUGUGGUGCGUUCUGCCUGGACAGCGCUCUGUGUGAGGCCAUCAACGUGCCCAUGGACAAGCUGAAGUGGACAUCUCCCUUCACCAGCCACCGGGUCAGUCUGGGUCACCACGUCUCCCACUCAGCCAGCCGCCGCUCAGACAGCAUCGCUGCAGACGACAGCCACAGGUCCACCUCUCCAUCUUCGUUUCACAGCUCAGCUAAGGAGACAGAAACCAGCCUGGCAGCUCACCACCAGCACCAGCCUGGAGACCUGGUCGUCAACUGCCACAGACAAGGGGGGCACAGCCCCUCUCACCUGGCCAGGAGUCCACGGACUGAGGGUGGGCCUGGGUCUUCUCCUUCCUUCCUGGGCGGCCCCUCCACGCCUACCUCCUCCACCUACGCCAAGCACCCUCACACCCAGACUGACAGCGGACAGGGCUUGGAGUCGGAGAGCGUGGAAACCCCCCCAGAAGCGUCCCCUGGUGUUCCGGGGUCCAGGAAGAGGCUGGAUACGGAGGGCAUGGUGUGGGCCACGGCUGUAGCCCUGGCCUGGCUGGAGCACAGCUCGGCCAGCUACUUCAUAGAGUGGGAGCUGAUAGCAGCUAAGGCUAGCAUGUGGCUCAGUGCCCAGACCAUCCCUGAAGGAAAGGACUUAGCCUCGGUCAAGUCUGCUGCCAACCAGCUCUUUAUCAUCCUCAGACACUGGGACGAGAACCUGCAGCUCAACAUGCUCUGCUACAACCCCAACAGUGUC